CAAAGACCUGCAGCUACUUCCACUCCCCACGUUGUUUUUGUAACAUACUACACUUGAAAAUGCCUGAAUUGUUGAUGGAAAUAGAGGAGGUAAGGCACUGUCUUCAUAGAUCAAGGAGGACAGAUACAUUUGUAUUGUUUUACAAUUACAUCUUGUCUUUCCUACUGAGAUACAUAAUUUGAAAUGCAUCUACUCUCGGUACACUAUGUUCUUAUUAGUCUGGAUAAUUAUUUUUACAAAUGUACUGGGUCUUUGAAUUUAAUGCACCUGUCAGUAUGAUUUGUAAUACUGUACCAUAUAAACGUUUUUAAAUAAGAAAUACAAAUUAAUGAUAAAAAUACAGUACUAGUUUUUCUGUUAUUAUGCAAUGUAAAAAACAUUUUAUGAUCUGGCAAUUAGAAACAACACUGUUUAACCCCUUAAAGACCAAACUUCUGGAAUAAAAGGGAAUCAUGACAUGUCACACAUGUCAUGUGUCCUUAAGGGGUUAAACUGUCUCUGUUGUUACAGAAUUGAAAAAAAAAGAUUUUAAAUAGAAUUAUAAAUGUUUGUUUAGAAUUAAAGGGACACUAUACUCAUCAGAACAACAGUAGCUUAAUGUAGUUGUUCUGGUGAGUAUAGUAUGUCCCUCAGAAAAAAGGCAGUGUUUACAUUGCUCCUUAGGGACACCUUCAGUGGCAGUCACUCAGAUGGCCACUAGAGGUGCUUCCUCAUUGUGCAGCACUGAUGUUCAGCUUCUCCACGUUCUGCACCAAGAUGCUGAACCUUCCCCUAAGAGAUGCAUUGAUUCAAUGCAUCUCAAUGAGGAGAUGCUGACUAGGUAGCGCGUGUAUGGUUCAGCCCCAUAUCUCAGCCAACCCAAUGCAUUCCUAUGGGAAAGCAUUGGCUUGGCUGGGAUAAUCAGUUCUAUGAUGUGAGCCAAGGAGGUGGAUUGAGGACGGAGCCAACGCUGGUGGUCUCGCAUUGCGCUGACAUACAGAUAAGUAAGAUACCUUUUUGUAAGGGGGGGCGACUACCUAAAUAGUUAACACUAUUGGGUUAGGAAUACAUGUUUGUGUGUUUCUGACCCUAUAGUGUUCCUUUAAUAAAUUAUUUCCUUUGGUAAACCUAUUCAUUAAAUAUAUAUUUUGUAGAUCAAAUGGGCUCCAGUAGUUUAUUAAUUAUAUUAAAAUAAAUCUGUUUAUUAUAUCACUAAUAUAAAUUAUAUAUAAUUUGAAGCAUGAGAAACCAAAAGUAAUUAUAGAGAUCAAAUAUAUUCCAUACUUUGUGCUAUCCAAAACACCUGCAAAUGUAUUGAAUUAAACUAGUCUAUCUAUUUCUAUUUGUUGGGAAUUCAAAAUUAAAGAAUCACUGUCAUGCCGUACUUACCUUUUGCCAAUCACUUUCUCUUCAUCUUUCCUAUUUUGUCUCUUUUUUUCUCCCCAUCUAUUUCUUUUUUUAAAUUUGAGUUUAUUGGGUUUUUUUGACACAAAGGAGAGUAGGGAGUGGGUACAGAAGGAAAAAAAGGGUAGGGUAAGGGGUUCAGGGUUACAGUACAGAGAAUCUGAUACAUCACAAUGACAUUCACAUUUCAUGUUAAUCACCGUCUAACUAGGUGCGCAGUUAUUUGGGCGUAAAGUAGUUGCUGCUCAUCCCAAGUCAAAACUGGCACUACCUAUACCCCACUGUUCACCCUCCAAGUGUAUCUCGUCGAUGAGGCCAUGGAGCUAUCAGCUUCUUGCGUGCGCUGAGGGCGAUGCUCUAGUUAUUUCUAGCCUAUUUGUUAUGCGAUCUGCUUGUAUGUCGCAUACCUUAACCUUGUAGGGCGUUUGGGGGGGAUCAAGGAGGCUCAAGGUUUGGCCCUCUUGCUUUUAAGGUCUUACUGUCCCUCCACUGGACGGGGCUCCCUGCCUACGCUGUUAAUGCCUCCUAUGUAUCCCUGAGAAGUGUGGAAUUCUGUGAGGUAUUGCACAGGUGACCAGGUAAUGCUCUGCCUGAACCUUCCUAAACAAAAAGUGAAACCGAAAAAAAUAAGGUAGAAUAUAGUGUAACAAAAAACAGUUUAACAAUUUAACGUGAGGGAGACACAAUCUGAUUGCUAUCCAGCAUCUAGGUGGAGGCCGAGGGGGGGGGGGAUCUAAGGCGUUCCUUGCGCUAAAGUCCCUGUUUUUUUUUGUUUUUUUUAGAAAUAUAAUACCGUUAGUAACAGGUGUGUGUAUGAUCCGGGUCUCAGGCCGGAUGAUGGUUUUAUGGAGGCUGAAAUUGAUAGUGGCGACACCAAGGUUCCCAGGUUUUAGAUAUUUUAUGUUUUUGGUUAGGAGUUAUCGCAGAAGAGAUAUCAUACACAUAAUUUAGUCGGAUUUUGUCCAUGAGGUUCUUUUCAGACGGGCAAAUGGUUGAUUUCCAAUUGAGCGCUAUGAGAGCCCUAGCCGCCAGUAUCACCUGUGCGGCCAGUCCCCUCUCCUGCUUCGUCCAGCUGGGGGAAGGUCCAACCAAAGGCAGGACCCAAACUCCAGCGGGAGAAUAAUAUCUACGUUGCUAAGCAAUCUUGCGACCACCAACCACAAUGGCUGAAUAAGGUCACAUCCCCACCAUAUGUGGAGCAUCGUGCCUCUUUGGGCUCGGCACCUCCAACAUCGGUCAGAGGUGUUUGGAUAGAUUUUGCUGAGCCUGUCUGGUGUCAGAUACCAUCUGUACAUUAGCUUUCUGUGAGCUUCUAUGUGUGAGUAGCACGCAGUAUGACCAGUCAGUGCAUUAACCAGUGCUAGCCAUUUGUGGGGAAGGAGAGUUGUUCCGCUUUCUUUUUCCCAUUGGGACAUAAAAGACAGGGAUGGGGAGAGUGGGAAGUUCGAUAUUGCUUUGUAGCACUUUGAGAGCAAUUUAGGCCUAAGGGGACAUUUCCAACAUGACAUAAGCAGGUCGCAUUGCUGAUUUGGUUCUCCAGCCUUGCCCUCUAAGGUCCUAUCGACAUGCUCCAAUAAUGCACUUUUAAUUUGGAGGUAAGGGAAUAUGUAUCUAGGGGCUAGACUGUACUUCUGUUGGAGGUCGGCAAAAGGAGUGAUUCCCGUACCAGAGAGUAGCUGGGAGAUACUAGUGAUGCCCGCUUUCGCCCAUGUGGAUAGUGGGAGCCAUGGUAACACUGUGGACAUGGCGGUCAGUGGAGCCAGUCUAUGGAAUCUGGAAGUCUUAGUUUGAAGUGCCUUGUACUUAUCCCAUAUGUGUAUGGUCAGUUUCGUUGUUGAGAAGAGUGUACGGGCUUUCCCCCGUUUAGCUGGUGGGGACCACAUAUACUCUAGGAGGGUUUCCUUAGGCCAUUGUUUGCGUUCCAUGUCGACCCAAAGUAGUCGUCCCUUGUCUGCGUGAAGAUUUACUGCUUGGGAUAGUAUGGCCGCCAGGUGAUACAUGGCCACCUGGGGUACCCCCAUCCCUCCCAUCUGGAAUGGUCUAUACAAUGUGGAACUCGCUACUCUCGCACGUUUGUUUCCCCAUAUAAAGUUAUUAAUAAUGGACUGGGCUUUCUUGCAAAAGCUUUGUGGGAUAGGUACAGGUAGCAUACGAAAUAAGUACAGUAGUUUAGGUAGGGCCAUCAUUUUCACCGCGUUGAUUCUCCCUGCCCAUGAGAUCAUCACUUCUUUCCAUGAAUUCAGCUCUUUACGGAUUAUUUCUAAGAGAGGGACAUGGUUUAGUUUGUAUAUAGUAUGUAUCGAUUUGGCAACUCGCACUCCCAAAUAGGUUACCGACUCCGUCCUCCAAUCGAAAUCGAAGGUCUUUUUUAAUUCCUCAGCAUUCUGCAAGGGGAGAUUAAUAGGCAGGGCUUGAGUCUUAGCCGUAUUAAGUUUGUAAUACGAGAUAGAGCCAAAGGUUUGUAGGAUGGGCAUGAGGUUUGGGAGUGAUAUCUUUGGCCUCGUCAGUGUCAGCAGAAUGUCAUCAGCGAAUAAUGAGAGUUUGUAUUGGUGUUCGCCGACAGUGACUCCGUGAAUGUUUGGGUCCUGCCGAAUGAUCUGGGCUAAGGGUUCUAGACAUAGUAUAAAAAGCAGGGGGGACAAAGGACAACCCUGUCUCGUUCCGUUCGAAAUUGGAAAGGGUGUGGAAACGAAUCCUGCGUUGGUGACACUAGCUUCUGGAGAGGAAUAUAAGGCCAUAAUUGCUGUUAUGAAUGCUGAAGGAAAGCCAAAUUUAUUUAGUGCCGAUUUCAUGUAUAGCCAAUUGAGCCUAUCAAAGGCUUUUUCCGCAUCUAAUGCGAGCAACAGUCCUCCCAGUUUGUUAGUGUUGAGACCCUCCAGGACAUUAAGAAGAAGCCUAGAAUUGUCUGAGCCCUGUCUGCCUUUGACAAAGCCAGAUUGGUUAUAGUGGAUUAGAGUGGGGAGUAAAUGUUUGAGUCUAGUCGCCAGAAUUUUUGCAUAUAGUUUGGUAUCAAUAUUCAAUAGGGAUAUCGGGCGGAAAUUAGCACAUGCUGUGGGUUUUUUACCUGGUUUGGGUAGAGUGACUAUGUGAGCUCGUAGCAUUUCACCAGGUAAUUUACCUUGUGUGAAACCUUGGUUAAACAAAGAAAUUAAGUGUGGUGUAAGAGCAGUUUGGAAGGUUUUAUAGUAUAUGGAGGAGAGUCCAUCUGGUCCUGGCGAUUUAGAAUUGGGUAAAUCUUUAAUCAUUUGUGUAACUUCCUCAACGGAAAUUGGUUUAAUAAGGUCAGAUAUCUUAUCAUUGGGCAGCAAGGGUAGCUGGACCUUCCCUAGAAAUUCGUCUAUCUGUUCUUGUGUGGAUUGGGGUGUCAGGUUAUCAUCUUUAAGAUUAUAGAGUGUGUGGUAAAACUGAGCAAAUUCCUGAACUAUUUUAUCAGGGUUUACGAUUUUCUGACCCUGGGGGUUGUGAAUGUAAGCUAUUUUAGUUGCGAGGUUACGUUUUUUAAGCCUGGAGGCAAGUACUUUCCCUGCCCUGUUUCCUUGCUCAUAGAAUUUGGCUUUGAGACGCCUUAGGAAAAAGUUUGUUUUAGCCACUUCCAGUUCUUGUAAUUGCGCACGUACUUCUGUAAUCUCCCUAAGGUGCGUCUUUGAGGGUGUUUGUUUAUUACAUGUGUUUAAUGUUGUGAGGCGGCUGGUGAGGUUUAUGUAUUUAGCUAUACGCGCCGCUUUGGCCCUGCUCGCGUGCUUAAUUAAUACACCCCUAAUGUAUGCCUUAUGGGCUAACCACAUAACUUCUGUGGGUGUGUUUGGUUGAGAAUUAGUCGAAAAAUAGACCUCCAGUUCCCUAUGUAGGUCUUCUAAUAUUUUGGGGUCGUUGAGCAAGCUUUCGUUAAGCCGCCAAGUUCCUCUCCCUUUAGCAGGGAAUUGUUCAUUCAAGUGGAGAAUGAUCGGCGCAUGGUCCGACCACGUUAUAAGGCCUAUAGUUGUGUUGACCACGUUGCUAAUCAGGGAGGUAGGUAUCAGGAAGCGGUCUAUUCGGGAGUACGAGUUAUGUGCCACUGAGUGAAAUGUGAAAUCCUUUUCUUGCGGAUGUGUCACCCUCCAUGGGUCUAUAAAAUUCUGCUCUAAGAGAAGUUGGUUAAUGUGCCCGGAGGUUGUUUUCCUGCCUGUUUCAGUAGAUGCUUUCACUGUGUGCGAAGAAGACGUGUCUAGUUGAGUAUCUAGAAUGAAAUUCGUGUCCCCACCUAUCACUACCUCCCCCAGUCUGCCUUCAUCCAUGGCAUUAAAAAUAUUGAGGAGAAAUGCGGCCUGUGCUGUAUGAGGGCCAUAGACGUUAAUUAAUGUGUAUGGGGCAUUAUUCAGCAAACAUUGUAUAAUUAAGUAUCUUCCCUGUUUGUCUGUACGUUUUUUUACUAGUUCAAACGCCACAUCCUUCCCAAUAAGGAUCGACACUCCCCGCUUCUUUUUAGAGAAACAGGAGUGAAAGUCCAAAGGAUAGAGAGGUGAGUUAAAUUUAGGUCUUUUACCCCAUUGGAAGUGCGUUUCUUGGAAGAAUGCAAUUUGAGCUUUAGCCCUUUUCGCUUCCAAUAGUGCCAGUCUCCGUUUAUUCGGGGAGUUGAGCCCUUUAGUGUUCAAAGAUAUAAAUGUCAACACCAUUUUACAUACAACCUACUAUGCUGUCCAGGAUUGUUAGAUUGUAUUCUAGUCUCCAUUAAUUCAGUCCUCCUGUCGGUUACCCCCUCCCCGGGGCUCUGGGUACAGGUCUCCCUAUAUAUCCGCAUUAUGAAUCCCUCGAACAAGACAAAGAAAAAAACAUGAAAGUAUAUGAACUUAAGAUCAAAAGAAUAGAAGAAACUUAUAUACAGUUGCCUGAGAACCGUGUGCCGAGCACACGGUAGGCAAUUAGUAUUGGUGACGUAUACUGCAUACGUCGUAGUGGCCUGGCUCGGGCCACUGGGGGGUGGAACGGUGGAUAGUACCAUCUAUCAAAUAUACUAUGUCACAGGGGACUGUCCUUAUCCUCAGGGUUAACCUUAGACCGAGACAAAGAUGCCAAUUUCAUAAGUCAAAUUAGGGAAAGGACAGGCAUUAUGUAUCACGGUGUUGCACCCUUCGUAGUACGGCCCACAGAUCUGUUUGCAUGAGUACAUGUAUACUAUUAACGUCUGGGAAUAUGCUGAAACUGCCCAAUUUGUAAUCAUAUAUAUAUAUAUAUAUAUAUUUAUUUUUUUUUUUUUUUUUUUUUUUUUUUUUUUUUUUUUUUUUUUAUUUUUUUUGUUAUUAUUUGGGCGCUAACUCCUUCACCUGUUAUAUUUAUAACAACCAGUAUCUAAAUCACCUUCCCUCUCAGUCCAAGGAGAAAGAAGGAAAUAGUGACAGUAAGAAAAAAAGUUUAUGGCAUGCUGUUCACUUAGCUGCGUCAAUUCUGUGCCAGUCUCCAGCCAGUUUGGUUGGGCGUGCAGGGGUGUUCUUUUCCGCCGACUCUGGCUGCGGCAAUGAGAUGCUCCACUGUGCUAGCCCGUUCCUCCCGUCUUCCGGGUUAAGAAACACCUUCUCCACUCCAUUUCUUCGUGCGAUUAGGCGCGUCGGAAAGCCCCAUUUGUACGGUAUGGACGCCUCUCUCAGAGCUUUGGUGAUGGGGCCAAAAGCUCUUCUUUUAGCCAUAGUCGCUGGUGAUAGGUCGGUGUAUAGCUGUAUCUCCUUGAAGCGUUUUCCCAGAUUCCGCGCAUCCCGCGCCGCCAUCAUCAGCCUCUCUUUUACUGUAUAAAAGUGCACCCUGACAAUGGUAUCUCUAGGUACUGCCGCUGGCAGGCCUCUGGGUUUCAGCAGCCUGUGUACUCUAUCUAUCUGUAGCUCCUGCUCCGACGCCUCAGGUAGCAGUGCCUGAAAAAGUUGGGUGACAUAACCUCUUAAGUCCGGUUGUGUAACCUCCUCAGAGAUGCCGCGUAGGCGGAUGUUGUUUCUACGGGCUCUAUCUUCUAGGUCUACCACUUUUGUCUCCAGUUGUUGUAUUUGAGAUUUGAACGUGGUAUAGGUCUCAGCCAGGGUGUUAUGUGCCUCUAUGACCUCCUCCAUCUUGUCUUCUAGAUGGGCCGUGCGGUCCCCAAUUGCCUGUACAUCUCUCUUAAUGUCAGCCGCUAACUUUUGAAAAUCAGCUCUCAUAGUGUGUUUGAGGUCAUACAGCAGGGUUCUAAUGUCUCCAUCAGCGUGGGGGAAGUGUUGGAGGCGAGAUACUGAGGUUACAUCACUUGCCUCUGAUUCUGUUGCUGGUGAAUGCACCCCGUCGGCGCCAUCUUGGAUCAGUCUGCUCGACGGUGAGAGGGCCGAGAUCUGCAGAUCCGCGGCUUUUUGCCGCUGCUUUCUGGCUGAUUUGCUCGUCAUCGUAAUUCACCGGUAGUUGGCAGCUGAGGCAGCCGUUUUUCCCGGUCCAAUGCUGUGGAUACACGCUGUUAAGGUACCCAGUCCGACGGAGCUAGUCCUUCACACGUCCAGCUCCGUCCGUGUCGUAGCCACGCCCUCUCCCCAUCUAUUUCUAACUAAAAACAAGUGACAAAGUAGGGAUUACUUUUUUACUGUUUUAUGUAAUUUUCCUACACUUCUACACACUGGGCAGAUCUGUCCAUCCCCCUAGCUCUCAUCAGUGGCCCGUGAUGGAGGAUUUAGCGGGAUCCUCCAUAGACCUCAAUGCUGUACACUUGCACGUGCACAACAUUACAGCAGUGAUGUCGGCUUCAGCGCCAGGCGCUAAAGAAGACCCGCUUGAAGAAGAAAGUGGCACCCACGAGGGACAGCGUCAGGUAAGUAGAACUCACAUUUCCCUGCUUCCCGGCCACCAGACCCCCAUCAGCAAUGUCACCAUUGCGGAUCUUUGCUAAUUCUGCAAAAUCCCCAGAUGGUGGCAGUGCUGCUUUCAAUUUAGAUGUUUACAUUAGCUGUGCUAAAAACACAGGUGAUUUGGAGAAUCUUUCCAAUUUGGUUAUUUUGGCCUAAAAAAAUGAGCUCUCUAUAAAUUCCUGAUAAUUCACACUUUAGUGAAUAAACUUGCUAACCUUUAUAUCUGGUAGAGUGCAGCAUUGGAGCAUUGCCAUGAUAACCCCAGCAACUCUCUGACACACGUGGCUCGUGUUUGGGAGAAAAGUUGGCGGAAAAAGACACAUACUGCCGCUAGGUCUCCCUCUGCAGCAAUAAGAUCGUGCAACAUGGCAAGAAGGCAGAUUUUUGAUCUCCCUCCCCGUGGAUGGAUCAAGUAAAUAUGUCUUUUUUGCCCUAUGGGACCGAGGCCCCUUACAUGUGUACUACCGGUAUUCCCCUGAUGGCGGCCCCGAUCCCCCUGAUGGUGGGUGUUUCACUAAAGUGAGAAUUCAAAGUAAAUGUCAAAUUUAUGGUCAAAAUAGCUAAACUGAUAAAUUCUCUAAAUCACAUAUGCUUUCAGUGUGGCUACUCUGGCCUUAAAGGACCACUAUAGGCACCCAGACCACUUCAGCUCAAUGAAGUGGUCUGGGUGCCAGGUCCAUCUAAUGUUAACCCUGCUGUAACUUCCUAUCCCUGCCUCUCUCCACACACAGUGACCACUUCUGGCUGGAGCUGGUAUUGCAGAGUAAUCUCUGUUUAUACUGGGAAAAAUAUCCGCAUUUGUAUUGCCGGUAAUAUUGCAAUACCGGCACGGCCAUGUAGCCUUAAGUACCGGUAAAAUAGCAGUCAGGUGGAAAACUUAAGAGUAUUGUGUAAAAAAAAUUUUUUUUUUUUAAAUGGGCCUAUUCCAUGGGCCUGGGCCUGGGCCUGGGCCUGGAGCUGCAUCUCCAACAGCCACUAUGUUAAUCCGUUCCUGCACACACUGCAUAUACUAUAUACGCACACUGCAUACAAUACACAAGGGCUAAUACGUUGAUGUCUCCCCAUGCUCCCCCUAUGGCCAGCGAGUGGAUGCUCUAAUUAAAAUAAACAAGGGGGAACCUAUAAUUUUCCACCACACCCACACAGUGGUGUGUGGAGGAUCCAAGUUUUAAAACUUGGGGAAACCUUGGGGAAGAAAUCCCCCCAAACUAAUUCCCAUAUGCGGAAGAUUGGGGGUAUUAAAGUAAUAACUGUAACAGUAACACAUCGACUGCUACGUACACGCACACACAGAGUUCUGAGUACACACAGACAGACUGCUGAGUACACACAGACAGACUGCUGAAUACAUACACACACACAUACAGAGUGUAUACACACAGUACACUAAAUAGACACACACAAACACACAUAGAGACUGCUGAAUAUGCACACAUAUAGAGACUGCUGAACACACACACACAGACUGCUGGAUACAUACACAGACUGCUGAAUGCACACUGUCUGCUAAAUACAGAAGAACAGACUGCUGAAUACACACAGGCUACUUUAUAUAUACACGCACACACACUGUUGAAUACAAGCACACACACUGCUGAAUAAACGUACACACUGCUGACUACACGCACACCGGCGGAUGACUACACGCACACCGGCGGAUGACUACACGCACACCGGUGGAUGACUACACGCACACUGAUGGCUGAAUAAACGCACACACCGACUGCUGAAUACACUGACACGCAGACUGCUGAAUACACACACUGCUGAACACACACAUAGACUGCUGAAUAAACACAAGCUACUUAAUAUACAGACACACACACUGUGUAAUACACACACUGCUGAAUACACACACACCGACUGCUGAAUACACGGACACACCGACGUCUAAAUACACGCUACUUUAUAUACAGACACACACUGUGUAAUAUGUGUGUCAGAGGUGCUCUGUGUGAGGGUGUUGUGUGUGUCAGGGGUGCUGUGUAUAUGUCUGAGAGAGGUGUUGGGUGUGUGAGGGGUGCAGUGUGUAUGUGAAAGAGGUACUGUUUGUGUGAGGGGUGCACUGUGUUUUUUUCGUGAGGGGUGCAGUGUGUGCGCGUGAGGGGUGCAGCGUGUGAUGGGUGCUGUGUGUGUGUGUGUGAGGGGUGCUAUGUGUGUGCAUGUGAAGGUGAUGUGUGUGCGCUGGGGUGCUUUGUGUCAGGGGUGCUUUGUGUGUGUGUGAGGGUUGCUGUGCCCUGGGGGUGGUGACUUGUCACAAGCUCACUACAGACAAGCUUGCUGACACACACAAGUUCACUACAGACAAGCUUACACACACACAAGCUCACUGACACACACAAGCUUUCUUACUAGCAGGCACAUACACACACACACACACACACACACACAGACCAGGCUGAGUAUAUCAAGCCACUGGAGGCUGUUGCUGGGAGGUCAGGCUCACACACACACAAGCUCACUGACACACACAAGCUUUCUCACUAGCAGUCACAUACACACACACACAUACACCAGGCUGAGUAUAUCAAGCCGCUGGAGGCUGUUGCUGGGAGGUCAGGUCAUUUUCUGCAGCAAGGUCUCCUGCUUAACGUUGGGGUGGAGCUAAAUGGCGGGAGACGGAGCAUGGGUGGAACUUCUGACAGAGGGAGACUGUCAGUGCUCCCUCUGGCCCCAGCAGCCCCCAGCAGCCCCCAACAUCUAUCUACAGCCCCCAGCAUCUCUGUCCUGAAUUCCCUCAGACUGUAACAGGCCAUUACAGUUCGAGGGAAAAUAAUAAAAGGACAUGGCCCUGCGAGUUGCCGGGACUGUUUCGGGAGAGUAAAUUGCUUGGGACAGACUCCAGCUUGCCGGGACUGUCCCGGCAAAGAUGGGACAGUUGGCAACUAUGCAAUAUCUUUUUUUUUUCUUUCAAGGCCAGCCUAACCCUCACAUGCUAACAUAAGUAGACACAGGACAGAAGUGCAUGCCAGUCCAUAGAGUGGCCUGGCUGGUGCUUAGAAUAGGGUGUCUGCAAGUAGACUGAGAGUACUUGAAAACUGAUAAACAGAUUGAGGUCUGUAGACCGGCCAGAGUCAGAAGCCAAACAAACCAGAAAUACAAUGAAUGCACAGUCGGAUCUACAGGGACUAUGUUAAUGUGAGAAACCCUAGAACUACAUAUACUCUUGGUAUCAAAGAUUGAUGUAAGCACUUUGCAGUAUAAAAGGUGUCACUUGAAGAGCUUUCCACAUCAUACUUGAUGCCAAAAUAAUGCCACGUGUGGCAUACAGAGUAAACAUCCAUGGCCUAUUGAUGCCAUGAUGGCAGCAAAGAGGGGACACUAUAUCCUCCCCACUUUAUUAUUUUAAUAAUAGCCCUACUUAGUGAACAGUAAUCUACGCAUGUCCCAUUCUUUAUUUUAUAGCCCCCAACCAUUGCACAAGGGUGGGGGACACAACGGGGACCUAUGCCAGGUCUUCCUGUAUGUUAAUAGUUAAUAAUCAAUAGCUACCCACUUGCUAGUUUGUUAUUACAGCACAAAGCCAUUGACAGCUCCCCUUUUGGUAGACAUGCGGCCACUGGCGGUAAAAUAAUUGGCAGCAUUGUAAGUGUAAACUCUCCCUUGUACUUAUAUGCCAUCAAAUUGAUCCCCAUAGGCUUUUUUUAUAGCCAGCAGUAGCAUCCAGUAGGUGAAUGGUUAUAUUUAAAGGAACACUGUAGUCACCUAAAUUACUUUAGCUAAAUAAAGCAGUUUUAGUGUAUAAAUUAUUCCCCCUGCUAUUUCACUGCUCAAUUCAUUGUCAUUUAGGAGUUAAAUCACUUUGUUUCUUUUUAUUCAGCCCUAGCCACACCUCCCCUGGCUAUAAUUGACAGAGCCUGCAUGAAAAAAAACAAACUGGUUUCACUUUCAGACAGAUGUAAUUUACCUUAUCUAAUUGUAUCUCAAUCUCUAAAUUGAACUUUAAUCACGUACAGGAGGCUCUUGCAGGGUCUAGCAAGCUAUUAACAUAGCAGGGGAUAAGAAAAUUAAACGGAACUUGCAGUAUAGAAAGCCUAAAUAGGGCUCCCUUUACAGGAAGUGUUUAUGGAAAGCUGUGCAAGUCACAUGCAGGGAGGUGAGACUAGGGUUCAUAAACAAAGGGAUUUAACUCCUAAAUGGCAGAGGAUUGAGCAGUGAGGCUGCAUGGGCAUGUUCUAUACACCAAAACUGCUUCAUUGAGCUAAAGUUUUCCAGGUGACUAUAGUGUCCCUUUAAACUGUCAUUUUAGAUACAUUCAUUUAACAGUCACUCAGUGACUUUUUAUCAUUUUGUUUAUAAUUUUCUUUCUGCCAAAAUGUUCUGUCCUUGAACAAAAGCUAAUGAGAUUAGGUUACGUGUUUACACAUACACCUACACAGAUUGCCUAAAGCACUUCCUUUUGGCCUUCUUUUCUUGAUACUUCUUGUUGUCUAUCUGGGAUAAAAAGAGAUGAGCUGCUUUAUCUACAGGAUGAGCCAUUCUUAAAACUGCUUGCAGCAAAUAGAAAUCAAAUUUAGUAAUUUUCUUUACUCUGUUUUUCAAUAGCUAAUGCAAACAGUCAUGUGGGCAUAAUCUAAUUUCCUUUCCCCUCUCUUAUAUAAAGCAACUUUGUUGCUAAAGAAACAUUUGUGAUGCUGAGAUGCUUAUUUUCUGUGGUUUCUGUCCUCGAACAUUUCAUAAUAACCAUCAGGUAUGUUAUAAUAUUGAGCUUCAAUAUUUGCGUUAUAUAAUAUAUAUAUAUAUAUAUUUUUGGUAGCGUAAUAUAUGAUGGAUAAUGAUCACAUAGUGAUAAUGUUCUGUCAUUAUGUGCACAGUCGCCAUGCUCACACUUACAUUGCCCACACAUUGCACACACAACGAACACAUGUACAAACAUAUUGCACACACAAAUUCAUUCUCAUGGCCAAUUCGACACUGUACACACGUAAACCCACACUGAUAUUGCAAAGAAAUAACACACCCAGUCACACUGAUAUAAACACAUGCACAUAAACCCCCAAUGCACAAAUAACCAAAUGUCUGUUUAUAUGCAUUUAUGUAAGUAUGUAUGCAUAUGAAUAUGCCCGCCUUGUUAUAUAUGAGAGAGUGUAGAUAUGAUGACCCUUUUCUAUAAAUACAGACAUUUUAAUUUUAUGGGUGUGAGUGUGGGGUGUGGCCAGGGUCGGGGUGGUUCUGGGUAAUUUUUGUGGACUUACCUGAAAACAAUUUAUGUAACUAAAAUGUAAUUAAGAACAAGUAAUGUAUCUUAUUUACUCAGGCUAAUUUCUAACCACAUUUAUUGUUGAUGAAAGACAAUAUUACUGGGAGUAUUAUUGCUGAUGAGCUGUUAUACACUCAAACAUUCUAACACUAUAGAGCUCCUAGAAAUAACGGACAGAUAGAAACAUAGAAUGUGAUGGCAGAUAAGAACCAUUUGGCCCAUUUAGUCUGCCCAAUUUUCUAAAUACUUUCAUUAGUCCCUGCCUUUAUCUUAUAGUUAUGAUAGCCUUAUGACUAUCCCACGCAUGCUUAAACUCCUUUACUGUGUUAACCUCUACCACUUCAGCUGGAAGGCUAUUCCAUGCAUCCACUACCCUCUCAGUAAAGUAAUACUUUCUGAUAUUUUUUUUAAACCUUUGCCCCUCUAAUUUGUUGUGGUAGUUUUUCUUCUUUUAAAUAUAGUCUCCUCCUUUACUGUGUUGAUUUCCUUUAUGUAUUUAAAUAUAUCAUAUCCCCCCUGGCUUGUCUUUCCUCCAAGUUAUGCAUGUUAAGAUCCUUUAACUUUUCCUUGUAAGUUUUUGAACCCAAGACUGGGAUUGUCCCUUCUAAAUAGGCACACUAAGAAGUAUGAUAGUAACAUUCUCCCAUACAUACAGAAUAUUGUAUCCACAUUCUAGCAUACACACAGGCAGGAAUAUCUAGAGAUGAUGGUCUAUAGGUGCCAACAGUACAGAUUUUGACAAGAUAGUUCCACAUAUGGGGGUCUUGUACCCGCAAAUGAUUCUCAGUGACCUGUCAUGCAUUCUUAUAUCUGCCCAGUUCAAAUCUGCAGGAUGCAGGUCAGGGGGCUAGGAUCAUUGAGAGAGCACUAGCUGUGCUCUGUGCACGGUCUGUUUGCCCUAUAUAAAUGCUAAUAAUAAUAUGCAGUUUACACAGGUGACAGAACACUGGUAGAGACUGUAUCAUUUACACUAAGAGACUACCAUACAUAGUAUAAAUGACACAGCUGCUGGCCCACCAUAAAUAGGGAGCUGAUUUAUAUGUAAGUAUGCUUGGAUAAGGUUUGUUAACGCAGUGCUGAUACGGUGGCAGAUCAUGUUAACCUGGCUACCAAAAAGGUAGAUCCUAUGUCUCUAUGGUAGUAGAAGGUUCUCUAUAUUUUAAAUAAAGGUGCUACAGUUUUCCAUUUUUCUACCUGCUAUGGGAAUAUCUCCGUAUUUUUAAAAACAAAGAGCUUGAGACUGCAGAGCAGACUAGUUCAACGGUUUAUGCCACAAUCAGCACAGAUAUCUGCUUUCUUAUUAGCCAGUGAGGAAAAACUAUCCCAAGCUGUAAAAGUAAAUAAGGGGAAGUGUUUCAUGAAUUUAACUGAUUUAGAAAACUGUCUAUAGAACAGCUGCUUGCCUUUGCUAUGUUUUGGCAUUAGUAGCUGGUGGACACGUUGCCUGACGCCCAUAGAAUGAUUUACAGUUUGCCUGUUAUUCCCAAAUAGAAUGUUUCCUCUGAAACAAGCAGUUAAGAGUAUCAGAGUAUCAUACAAAUACAAAAAAACAAGACCUGCACUCACACUCCCAUCACUCCUGGGUGGCAGCAACGACCAUAGUACACAUCAGCCCCAAUACAUACAGUAAAAAACGGAAAAAAAAAAAGUUACCUGGCCAUUCCCUAUUAAGGGUUAAUAAGUAUGUAGGUGUAUAUAAAAAAUACCUCUCUAUGUCUCAUUAGAGAUAGCUUUACAAGAAGCUCAAGGAAGCAAGGUGAAAGGUCAGUGUAGGACCCAAAUGAGAGGUUUGCCUUGAUGUGACAGGAGGCAUUCCCUCCAAUGGCUAUUGACUAACUAUUGAGUAACUAAAUAACCUCCAUUUGUUUAAAUAUACAUAAGGAUUUAGGAGAGAGCGCGGGUAACUUUUCUUUGUUUUUUACUAUCAGAGUAUAAAGGUUUUAUAGUAUUCAUUUUUGCUAGUUUUAUAUUCAUUCUUUCAAGUCAAUGGUAAUACGUAUGUGUACUUAAUAUUAAAGGGACACUAUAGUCAUGAGAACAGCUUGAUGUAUGUGUUCUAGUGAGUCCCUGCAGGCAUUUCCAUGUAAACUGCCUAGGGACACCUCCAGUGGCAGACACUCAGACGGCCACUAGAGGUGCUUCCUGAGUCAGUGCUGCACCAUGUGCAGUGAUGUUCAGCAUCUCCACACUCUGCAUGGAGAUGCUGAAUUUUCCCAUAGAGGUGCAUUGCUUCAGUGCAAUAGAUGCUGAUUGACCAGAGCGGCUCAUGGCCGUUUUGCCCCCUCCUACCCCCCCAGCCUCCUUGGCUGAGAUUUCAUAUGACAAAGCAUUGGAUUGGCUGAGAUCAUCAAUUUUCUUAAUGCCAGCCAAGGAGACGGAGAUUCGGGCAGGGGAAGUCGGGGGCAAAUGUCGUUUUAUAACACUAUAGGAUCAGGAAUACAUGUUUGUAUUCCUGAACCUAUACUGCUCCUUUAACAGCAAAAAAAAUCACACCACAUUGUGUCUUCCUUUUUUAAGGAUAGCCUUUAUUAUAAAUUUAGAAUGAAUGAUUAAACCCCUUCAUUAACUUAAAAACAUCUGCAAUCCAGAGUUAUUAUAGUGCCAACAUUUUUCAGGCAGGCUGGUUGCAAUUAAAACAACACUUUUAGUUAUCCUGAUAAAAGUCCAAAGCUGUAAAUGUAAACUAAACCACCCAAUCGUCACUUUACAGUAAUAACGGAGUUAUUUUCUUUAUUUGAUUUGCUUUAUUCAAUCUAGUUUUUUUUUUUUUUUUAUUUACAAUAACACAUUUCGAUUUAAUAUUGAUUUACUGACAGUUCUGUAGAUCAUGUGCUGUAUUCCAGUCUUCACUAGCCACUUCAGAUGCAGUCCAGAACAAUUACCAGUCCUGCAAAAACAGAUAAAAAUAUCAUCAUACCUGGGAAGUCUAGAGGCUUGAUUGAGGAAUUAAUUAAUUACCCAAGAAAUUAUGGAGAAUUGACUUGGGAAUUGCCUUUGACUGAAAUAGCCAAGCAGAAAAAAAUAAAAUGAGCUGGGAUUUGUAUAAGUUUGCUUCAACGUGCAAUAUCACCAUUAUACCCUGUGAAUAAACCCCAGCAAUCCUUUAUCACAGCUUCUUAAAGGACCACUAUAGUGCCAGGAAAACACUCAUUUUCCUGGCACUAUAGUGCCCUGAGGGUGCACUAUAUAAAUUUACCUCUUUUUCCAGCGCCGGGCGGGGAGCUCUCCUCCUCCUCUCCUCCUCCUCUUCAGCUGAAUGCGCAUGCCCGGCAGGAGCCGCGCGCGCGUUCAGCCAGUCCAUAGGAAAGCAUUCAUAAUGCUUUCCUAUGGACAGUUUCACCGUUUCACAGUGAGAAACGGGGAAGCCCUCUAGCGGCUGUCAGUGUGACAGCCACUUGAGGCUGGGUUAACCCUAACAUAAACAUAGCAGUUUCUCUGAAACUGCUAUGUUUAUAGAAAAAAGGGUUAACCUUAGAUGGACCAGGCACCCAGACCACCUCAUUAAGCUGAAGUGGUCUGGGUGCCUAUAGUGGUCCUUUAAAGUAAAAUGGGCAGACUUUGGGCAGUGACAUUUUCAUUGGUGAAUUGUGAAGGAUACCCAAAUACUCAUUGCAACAGACAAAAGGAAUUGCACAGAUCAUAUUAAGCCCACUAACUAUGUGAGGUUAAUUCACUAAAUUCUAAAUAGCAGUGACUUUAAAUUCAAAUGACAAAAUAUAGACAAAAAUAGCUAACCUGGAAAAAAAAUCUCUAACUCAUUUGCAAUCACAGAGUAGUUAUUUAUUUAUUUUAAUUCUUUAUUUUUGGUAUGCAGGUAGGUACAACAGUACCUGUAUCGCCACAACAGCAUCAGCAGGCUCGAUUUUCAUAGUCAGAUUAUAACAAUAUUGUGGCGUGUUGGGUAUGCAUAUAUUUUUAUAUGAUUAAGGUAACGAUAAAGUAAACAAGCUAUGAGCAAUAUGGUUUAAGUUAAAUUAGAGUAGGUGAACAAGCAUAAGUGUUCAAGUUUAAGUGUAUUAGCAGGGUAUAGGUGAACUUUGAGUUUAACAAUCUGUGCAUCUUUACAGUAGGGUUAAGCAUGGUAACACUUUCUCUAUUUAAAGUGGGUGUCUAAGCUCUGUGGUUUGCUAGUGUGAUUUUCUAGAGUGUGUUUCUCGCUUGGUGCUUUGUGUAAAUCAUGCUGCGUUAUCUGUAGAAAGUGUGUGUGGCUAAGCAUAGUUGGAGUUGGUGCUAGGGCAAAUAGUUACGAGCAUAAGUCAAUGUCCAUGGAUGGAAGCUUAGUGACAAGAGUCGGCUAGGUUGAGUAGGAUUUGAGGUUCAUCUGUGCCGGCGUCUUCACCGCGGCCGGUCAGCAGGAAGACCGUGUCUUUUUACCAGCGUAUCCGAUUCCCAAUCUGUGGGGAGGUUGUUGGACGCCCUGCCUUGGGUAUGUUGCGUGUGGGGUACUCCAGCUUGGUAGAGUGUGAGAGUCUGCCUCUUCUGGGAGCUUCACGGUGGAUCGUCAUCUGGAGGGGUUGUGGUUAUCGGGGCCCUUAGAGUUUGGCCCUCUCCAGCCCUGUUCUUGUUUGGUAGGUGCCUCUUGUGCCCUGGUGGUGCGGUGGUGUUGCUCUGCACUGUUUCAUUGGCGUGUGGCGGUAGUUGUGGGGUCGCAGGCCCAAGCUGGUGGGGUGGGCUGAUUCUAGCCGGGUGCAAGGUGGGUGGUUUGGGGUUUCGGUCCCUGUGACCUGUCUUGUCAGGACUGGACGUUGUAGGGUCUGUUGGCCCCUGUAGGUCUGCUUUAUAGGGGCUGUUCAGUGGGGUCCCUCUCUGUGUGCCCCCCAUUUCACCUUAGUUGAUGCCCGCAACCUGUACCUUAGUUUGCCCUGUGUAAUCCGCCAACACGGACCUGGGGCAGGUUGUCAUAGUGGUCUGGUGGUGUUGGGUUAGCUCCCCUUCGAUCUGCUCUCCUGCACUGGCUGUCCGCGCACAUGGCUGGUGUGCGGCGGCCAUCUUGUGGAAUGGUGCAUAUGGAUGUUCCUCGCUCGGGCGAUUGUUUAUGUCCAGAUUUGGUGUUCUGCUGGUCCCCUGCAGACCGGGAUGACCCCCCCGGUCCAGAGGCCUGAGAGAGCGGCCGUCUCGUCCCGGCUCAAGCUCCAACGAACUCAGGGCCCCUGUUGGGUUACUGUAGGUGCAGGACCGGGUUGUGUGCGGUGUCCCUGCUUGCCCCAGUGACUGGGGAUCAGUAGGGUCACCGGUAUGGGGGAAUAAUCGCGGUUGACCUCCAAUUUGCGCCGAUUUUCGGGCCCUGGAGCGGGAGCCCAGACAGAGCACGUCUGAUCUCGCCGGCGGUCAGGCCCCGCCCUACAGAGUAGUUAUUUUAUCCUCAAUUUUGCUAUUUGUAUUUUCAUUUGUUACAAUUUCUGUAUGUCAUCAUAAUGCUGCUCUCAACUGCUUGUCACCCUGCACCAAUAACCCUACUCUUUUUGUCAUUUGGCUAUAAUUAGGCUGAAGUUAUUAUUUGAUUAAGUCUUACUGAUACUAUAGCAUUCUGUUCAAUCUCAUUUUAAAGGGACACUAUAGUCACCUGAACAACUUUAGCUUAAUGAAGCAGUUUGGCUCUAUAGAACAUGCCCCUGCAGCCUCACUGCUCAAUCCUCUGCCAUUUAGGAGUUAAAUCCCUUUGUUUAUGAACCCUAGUCACACCUCCCUGCAUGUGACUUACACAGCCUUCCAUAACCACUUCCUGUAAAGAGAGCCCUAUUUAGGCUUUCUUUAUUGCAAGUUCUGUUUAAUUAAGAUUGUCUUAUCCCCUGCUAUGUUAAUAGCUUGCUAAACCCCGCAAGAGCCUCCUGUGUGUGAUUAAAGUUCAAUUUAGAGAUUGAGAUACAAUUAUUUAAGGUAAAUUACAUCUGUUUGAAAGUGAAACCAGUUUUUUUUCAAUGCAGGCUCUGUCAAUAAUAGCCAGGGGAGGUGUGGUUAGGGCUGCAUAAACAGAAACAAAGUGAUUUAACUCCUAAAUGACAGUGAAUUGAGCAGUGAAAUAGCAGGGGAAUGGUCUAUACACUAAAACUGCUUUAUUUAGCUAAAGUAAUUUAGGUGACUAUAGUGUUCCUUUAAAAAAAAAAACCUCAAAGAAAUGUUAUCAGCCUUUGGAGAAUUGAAAUUAAUAACAGGAUUGAAUGUGCUGUAGCAAUUUGGCUACUUAGUGAGAAGACCCAAAUAUAUUUUUUUCUUGGGUUGACAUAAAUGUACCAGAAGGCUUGUGUCUUGUUGAAGUUGUACAAAAACAAAGGAAAUAAUGGCACAAAAUGAAACUGAAAUUAUGCAGAAUGACAUACUAUCGUCUAUGUAUGUCUAUUUUGCACAAGUACAGUGAAAAAAAAAAGACUAUUCAACAUCUAUUUAUAUAUGUAUAUAAAUAGUUGUUGCUGUUUGACUACCGUAAUAUAUUUGUAUGUAGUGUUCGUGUUUAAAAUGUUGUGUGUUUGUGUUUUGUGUUGGUGUUUGCAUGUUUAUAUAUAUGUACAUAUACACAUACUGUUCACAUACACAAAUCAACACACUGUUCCACAUAAACACAGAUGCAUACACAUACUGACACGCAUACACCACAAACAGAAGCUAUGAUUUCAGUAUUUUUAGCAACCUCCUGUUUCCAUACCAUAUGGGUGCAUGUGGAUGACUUCCCUGGGGUCCAGUGGGACUGCUAGCUGAGGCUCUCUGUCAUGCUCUUCUUACUUCCCCUAUUUUAUCUGCCUAACCUGGGAAACUUUUGCUGUAAGCUGGGAGGAAGUGACCUGAAUGUUCUUCCUCCCAUCCCCGGUGAUUUGACACAGGCACAAUGGCACUGUUAAAGGGCAUCAGGCCUCACCUGGCCUUCUGACCAGAAAUGCCCAUUAAAUUGCCCCAAUUGUGAGUGCCACCUGAUGUGUCCAUCCCACGGUGCUGCACCCCUGCUACAUUGGCAGAUGAGGAAGGGAACCUAUGGAAAAUAAUAGGAAAAGAUGUGUGGGGUCACGUGCUCCCCCCCCCCUCCCCCAACCUCCUUCCCACACACUAAAAACUCAGAUACCACUCAGGCUCCUAUCCCCACACAAAAUUCAGUCACCAUAUAAACAACCGUUGGCCACUGCACAUUCUUACAUACAACACUCAUCCACCCACACAUACAACACUCAUCUACCCCACUCACAGAGCAGUACCCAAAGCACUAGUAGGAGGGAACAAAUUGGCAUUGUAUCUAGUGCCCUGGACAGGGCCAGCCCAAGACACUGUGUGCAGUGGUGUAUUUAGGAUUUGGGCUGCCCUAGGCAGGACGGUGCUCGGGCACCCCUCCCGCCCCCCAAUUAAAAUUUUCCCCACCCCUUCCUGUCAAGGCCGCACUUUGACAGACGCACACUCACUGAAAGAUGCAUACACUCAUUGACAGACACACACACAUUCACUUACAGACACACACACAUACACUUACAGACACAUACACAUUUCUCCUAACACUUACAAAUUAUUAUUUUUAUUUUAAAUCUACCCAGCCUCCCUGGGAGUGGAUUGCUUACCUGUCCAGUGGUGCUGCUGGUCGGGCAGGCAGGGGGCGCACAAGCUGAGUUGGCGGCGCUUAGUGAUGCCGGGAGCUGGUCUGACGUCAUAUUCCGGAUCCCGGCACAAUAGCUAUUCACUGGACACACUCCUAGAAAUGGUAGGCCCCUUCCCCGAUUUUUAUCACAAUCACCUAAGUAAACUGGAAACCUAGUGUACAGGGCUGGACUUUGAAAAAUGCCAGAUCAAAUUUUUUUUCAAUCACAGCGGCCCCUGUGAAGGGGGAAGGGCCAGAGUGGGUGUGUUCUGUCACCACUAAUGACAAGCACGCCCCCUCUCAAAGUGAGCUUGUUGGUUCAAUGCGCAGAGUCCUGGUGAAGAGCUCCAGCAUGAGAAAAAGGCCCUGUAUUUGUUCUGCGCAGUGCAAGCAAAUGUAAUAACAUGCUUGUGCUGUGUUUGCUUUUAACUUGUCUCUGGUGUCUCCAUAAGUGGGAUACCAGAGGACAAAUGGGCCAGGAACGUUUAUGGUGCAUGUGUUUGGAGCCUGCUUGUGGGAUUGCGUUUCUGUAGAGUGAGCUGAUUGUGGUGUGAUAUUGUGUAAACAGGUCGAUUUCAUUUGUGUUUGUGGUGUAAUAUGUGUGACUAGGGGCUGUAGAGAGUGUGUGUAUAGGGGGCAUAGUGUGUAUAGGAGAUGUUGCGAGUGUGUGCAUAUGGGCUGUAGUGUGUGUGUAUGUGUAUAUAGGUGACGUAGUGUGUGUAGGGGUUUGUCACGGCUUCCGGCUCGCCGCCUGACAAGCUGAGCUUACCUGUUCGGCGGCGAACCAGGAACCGCUCCUCCGCGUCCUUCCACCGAAACAAAGACGGCGCUGACGUGUGGUCGCGUCCAUCAUUGGCUCCGCCCCCAAAAUUAAUACUAGCGUGUGUGUGAUGUCACGACGUCAACACGCGCGCACGUUCUGGGGUCAGAGGUCAUCCUCUGACCAAUCAUAGCCCAGAGAGGGAUAUUUAAAUCCCUGAUUCACUCCAGUACCUUGCCCUGUCGUAGUUUCCUGUCCUGAUUCCCGAGAGUGCGUUUAUCCUUGUUCCAUUUAGGAUUUCCGGUAUCUUGACCUUGGCUAUUCCUGAUUCCUCUGAUUUCUGGUUCCCCUGACUUGGCUUGGUAUUUGUGUAUUUCUGGCUUCCUUGACCUCUGCUAUCCCUUGACCAUUCUCUGUCUCUAACGUAUUAGUCUGACCAUUCUAAGGUCCGGUUUACGUUCUGGCCUUUUUAUUUCCUUGCUAUUUUCUAUGUAUAGAAAAUAUAUAGUACUGCGUGUUGGACCACACUAGCAGCCGUGACAUUACGACAGGGCCAUGGAUCCUGCGGAACUAUGUAAACAUAUGAUAGCCUGUUUAGCAGGGUGGAGGAUAUGGACCACAGGUUAGAUCAGUUUGCCCAAGUGUUUCAGACCUUGCUCCAGAGAACUGCUUAUCUGGAAGCACCUCCGGUAGCUCUGCCACCUGUACCUGCACCUGUGGCAUAUAAACCUCCAUCCAUAACCUUUCACCUCAUCCUCAUUUUGGAGGUGAUUCUAAGGAUUUCAGAGGUUUUCUAAACCAGAUUGAAUAUCAUUUCGAAGCUUCUCCCGGUUCCUUCCCUACAGAUAGAUCAAAAAUUGGCUAUCUAAUGAGCCAAUUAACAGGGAAGGCCUUAACGUGGGCUAAUCCCUUAUGGGAGAGUGGGAAUUCCAUAGCCCGUGUUUACAAUGAAUUUUUAACAGCAUUUAGAGCUACCUUUGAAUCAGAGAAAGAGAGAAAAAAAGUGUACUAGACGUACCAAUUUAUCUAUAGCCCCCCGUUUCUCUAACCCAGUGAUAGUUAACCCUGCUCCACCUCCAGAGGUUGAGCCCAUACAAUUGGGCAUUGCUAAACUCACUGACGCAGAGAGACAACACAGACGUAACAUGGGGUUGUGUCUGUAUUGUGGAAAACGGGGACAUCAAAGGCUCUCAUGUCCGGCUCUCAUGCUUGCGCACCUAAGGCAGGUUCGGGGACCCACCUUAGGUGUGAUGUAUAUGUCCACCAAAUUGACUAAGAACCGUUUCCUUGUAAAUAUUACUCUGCAUUGUAAGAGAACUAUUGUUCAGUGAGAGGCAGCGGAGAAUUUCAUUGACAAAGAAUUCUCUGCUAAACAUCUCCUGCCAUUAAGGCAGAAAGAUAGACCCAUAGCAGUGGAAGUUAUUGAUGGAAGACCUCUUACCCAGGAGACUCUGCCAAUCACUACGCAGGAGACUCUGCCAAUCACUGUCUGAGUAGGCAUCUUACAUUGCGAGGAAAUGGUUUUCCAGGUUAUAUCUUCCCCUACAUGCCCUAUAAUACUCGGUUUUCCAUGGUUCCAGAAACACAAUCCAUGUUUAUAUUGGGUUAAAGGAGAAAUUGUGAGUUGGGGAGAAAGUUGCACAGGUCAUUGUUUACAACAGAUGCCACAACGUGUGGGUACCCUCAAUGUACCUACGGCAACUCCCUUAACCACGAAAAUCCCUCCGCAGUCUUUAGCCUUAAAAGAAGUCUUCAACAAGGUUCAGUCUGAGGUUUUACCACCACAUAGACCCUAUGACUGUGCCAUAAAUUUGUUACCAGGUACUAUGCCCCCUUAAGGAGGAGUUUAUGCACUAUCUCCUCAAGAAACUCUUUGUUUAGAGGAAUAUAUUAAGGAUAAGCUAAGGAAAGGUCACAUACGAAGAUUCUCCUCACCUGCUGGAGCUAGGUUCUUCUUUGUUUCCAAAAAAGAAGGAGACCCUUGCAUUGAUUAUAGGGGUCUGAAUAAAAUAACUUUUAAAAACGCCUACCCAAUUCCCCUUAUUUCUGAGCUAUUUGAUAGGUUGAAGGGUGCCCGAGUAUUCCCAAAACUCGAUCUAAGGAGUGCAUAUAACCUAGUCAGAAUUAAGGAGGGACAUGAGUGGAUGACGGCAUUUAAUACUAGAAUGGGACAUUACGAAUACCUGGUUAUGCCGUUUGGUUUGUGCAACGCUCCAGCGGUGUUUCAGGAUUUUAUAAAUGAUGUCCUUAGAGACUGCCUCCACAUGUUCUUUCUAGUGUAUCUAGAUGACAUCCUUAUCUAUUCUCCUGACCUAGAAACACAUUACGAACAUGUGAAAACUGUGUUAAAGACCCUGUUAGAAAACAGCUUAUACUGUAAGCUUGAAAAAUGCCAGUUUGACCAGACUAAAAUACAAUUCCUUGGAUACAUUAUAUCCCCUUCUGGUUUUAAAAUGGACCCACGCAAACUGGAGGCAGUUUUACAAUGGCCGUUACCUAAAGGUCUUAAAGCUACACAGCAUUUUGUAGGAUUUGCUAAUUAUUACCGCAAAUUCAUUAAGGGUUUCUCAUCGGUAAUCGCUCCUAUUACCAACCUUACCAAAAAAGGAGCAAAUUGCAAUUCAUGGCCCAAGGAAGCAAAUGAAGCAUUCGAGAAAUGAAAAUCUUUAUUUGCUUUGGCACCUGUUCUGAUGCACCCCGAUCCAGCCAAGCCUUUUAUUUUAGAAGUAGAUGCGUCAGAGACAGGAGUAGGAGCCAUUCUGUCUCAAUGAGAAAGUCCUGACAAGCCUUUACAUCCCUGUGGGUUUUUCUCUCGAAAACUAACUCCUGCAGAGAAAAACUAUGACAUCGGGAAUAGAGAAUUACUGGCCAUUGUCCUUGCCCUUAAAGAAUGGAGACAUCGCUUAGAAGGUUCCAAAGAGCCACUUUUGAUUUUUACCGAUCACAAGAACUUGGCUUAUAUCAGGGACGCUAAGAGAUUGUCGUCCCGACAGGCUAGAUGGUCACUGUUCCUCUCCCGUUUCAAUUUUGUCAUUGCAUACAGGCUCGGGACCAAGAACACUAAGGCAGAUGCACUGUCUAGACAGUUUGAGACAGAUGAGGUUCCUGAACAAGAGGUAUUCCCAAUCGUACCUCCAGAAUAGCUUAUUGCUACUACGAUUUCCGAAGUCUCUUCUCCACUUUUUUGUGCCAUAAUAGCAGAUCAAACUCAGGCACCUGUGGAGAAACCUCCGGACAAACUGUAUGUUACACCAUUGUUGAGGAAAAAAGUAUUUGGAUUAUUUCAUGAUAAUCUGACAGCAAGACAUCCCGGAAUACAUAAAACUCUCUCUGCCAUUUCCAGGACAUUUUGGUGGCCUACACUCAGAGGUGACGUUAAAGACUAUGUAGGGGCAUGUCAAAUAUGUGCUGUUUCCAAAACAUCUCAUAAAUCUACCCCUGGGUUGCUACAGCCACUUCCAAUACCUGAUGCUCCAUGGACCCAUUUAGCCAUGGAUUUCAUUGUGGAACUCCCCAGUUCUUAUGGGUAUAACACCAUGUAGCGGAGCUGCAAUAUUAAAUCCCAAUAUUUCCGCUGGUAAAAUAAAGUAAUCCAAGAAAAGCGCUGAAAGAAGGUAAUAUCCCAAAUCCCCCAGUAACCGGACAAAACACAGUUCUGGGAGUCAACUAAAGUUUUAUUCACAAGUUCCAGUAUUUAUGCAGUGUCCCAUGCAAGGGGUUUCUUUAAUCAAUUCCUCUUGCAAGGACAUUUCCCAUCAGGCUAUACUGUACUGGAGAGAUAAUUGGCCAAGAAUGUAUUGAUAAUCCCAUUAUCUCUCCGUACAGUAAAACAGGCACUUUAACAUUAAAAUCCAUAACAGGCAUAAUAUACGGUUGAAUUGACCUUGAUCAAUAGCUGGGACCUGAGCGCACCAUAUGGUGAAAUGCCGCUCAGAUCCCUGCUAUAGAAAACGAAAGCCACGCGAAUAUAUAUUUACACGAACAGUCAUGGCAAGUCGAGUAGCCGAUUUUAGUUCCAGGCACUCAACGACCAAACACCGCUAGGCUUUCGGGAGAAAAAGAUGGCUGGCAUACGAACAGCGGCCAUCCGCAUAUACCUGAAUUAACGGUGAUACAUUGUAACCAUCCUUAAUGGGAGACACACGGCCCCCUGUGUGUGGUCUCCCAUUCAGUAGUUUACUUCGUUUCACGAACGGUGGAUUUUAAUACCAUUCGUGAAACUAAUAGUUUAACAGCGUAUGGCUUUCGGGCAACAAGCAUCCGAAUGCCAUCUACUGCAUACACAUACAAAUAGAACAGCCAUUCCAUAUUCCACAAAGGACUAAAGUGGCAGUCCUGCCACACACCAUCCUCAUGGUGGUAGAUAGAUUCUCCAAGAUGGCACAAAAAAUUGCCAUCUGCUCAAGAUCUAGUCUAAAUUUUCAUAAAGGAAAUCUUUCGCUUACAUGGAGUACCAAAAAACAUUGUUUCUGACAGAGGUACCCAAUUUAUAGGUUUUGGCGUGCCUUCUGUAAACAAUUGGGCAUAGAACUUUCAUUUUCCUCUUCGUACCAUCCUCAGACUAAUGGCGCAGCAGAGAGAGCCAAUCAAUCUUUAGAAUCCUCUUUGCGUUGCUUUAUCGAUGCCAAUCAGUCCAAUUGGUAUGAACUCUUAACCAUGGCUGAAUUUGCCAGAAAUAAUGCAACUCAUGAAUCCUUUAAUCAUAGUACAUUUUUUGUAAAUCAAGUGCUCCCUCGCGCACCCGCCCACUCACCCGCCGGGUGUCAGCAGGGCCAGCCUCUGGGGGGCCCUGAGGUGACUGGCUGCUGGGCCCCCCAGGAGAAGAGGCUGGCCACAGUGGGUACAUACCGGGGUCGCAGGGCCCCCUGCAACCCGGUAUGUACACCACUGAAUGUGGGGACCGGACGACCGGAGCAGUCGUUAUGGUUGUCAUGCCCUGAUGGUGGCCCUGGAUGCAACCGUUACACACAGUGCAUCCCUUACACACACAGAAACACACAAUGCAUUCAUUACACACACUCAAUGCACCCCUUACACACACCCAAUGCAUCCUUUACAGACACACACACUGCAUCCUGUACAUACACAGAAACACACCUUGCAGCCCUUACACAUACAAACACAGAUUCACACAAUGCAUUCCUUACACACAUAUCAGGACAUCCCCUACAUACUCCACCCCCUGUGAACAAACUCAUUGGUGGAACAUGAAGGUGGAACCUGGGACCCAGACCUUGAGCUGUGUAUAGGGCCCCCAAAAAAUGGAGCUGAUUCCCGUUCUCCCAGAACAUCAUUUUUGUGACCACAGUUACAAACCGCCUCCAGAGAGCCUGUUCUACACCAGACCUGUGGAGCCAGACUGCAGCUAGAGCCCAUCAUCAUCCUCAUCUGGUUGUAAGUAGGCAAUCUAGUAUAUUAUUCAUGGCACUAAGCUCUAAUUUACCUCACAUUAAAGGGACACUAUAGUCCCCAGAACCACUGCAGCUUAAUGUAGUGGUUCUGGUGUCUAUAGCCUGUCCCUGCAGGCCUUUUAAUGUAAACACGGCGGCACUGCAGCACAGCAGCACUGGCGUUAGUUAACAUGGCAGAUCAUAUGGGUGGGGCAUUGGGGGGGCGGCAAACUAUACUUUUGCCUAGGGCGGCAAAAAUCCUUGCACCGGCCCUGGCUGGAGGGGGCUGUGUGAGCUGUGGCCGCACAGUGCCCCAUGGUAGUUAGGGUGCCAUGCGGCCAGUACAGCUCACACAAGCAAACAGCUGAUAAAUUGGCCGCACGGAGGAAAAGUGUAUGUGUGACUGUCUGCCUGUGACUGUUUGAUGUUGCCUGUAACCGUGUGUGACUGUCUGACUGUCUGUGACUGUGUGCAUGUGACUGUCUCCUGCUGUCAUGUGUGUCAAUGUAUAUAUGACUGUCUGUGACUGCAUGUGUGUCUGUGUGCGUGUGACUGUCUGCCUGUAACUGAGUGUGUGACUGUCUGCCUGUAACUGAGUGUGUGACUGUCUGCCUGUAAAUCUGUGUGUGGGGCUGCAGGGAUUUUGAAGGGGGCGGGGGGUUUGUAUUGGGAAAAGGCGUCUUUAUAAGGGGGGAUAAGCAGGGGAUUUGUGGAAGGGGGUUGUGGGGGUUUUGUAGACGGGGCAGUAUAGGAUUUGUAGAAGGGGCAGGACAGAGGUUUUGUAGGAGGUGCGGGGCAGGGCAAGGGUUUUGUAGGAGGGGCUGACAGCGGUUUUGCAAAGUUUACAAAUUGUAAAAAAAAAAAAGAAAGAAAACCUUUAACAUUUUUUUUUUUUGGGGGGGGGGGCAAGGGGGUGCCAAGCACAGGAUCCGUCCCGGGUGCCAAAUGCUCUAGGUACGCCCCUGUCCAUCAGUCAUUCAUUAUCUAGACAACUUUCUCACUAUAAAAUUACCUCAGGCCACUCCAGUCAGUAUUUAUAAAACAAUGGUUCUAUUCUCAGCUAUUGGGGUUCCACUGUCUCAGGAAAAAACAGUAGACACUACCACUAACCUAACUUUCCAGCCGCUGACACAUUGUCUCAUUCUAAUUUGCAGGAUUUCUUCAGAGCCCAUCCUACAGCCAACAUCAGUCCGGUCAGCACUCCCUCAUAUCAAGACCUAAUACUGGACUAGAUUGCCUCUUAGCACACAGCAGAUAUCUGGCCAGCUCGGCCCUCUCUACCAAUAUAUCAUGGGCUUACAAUAGAGCAGUCACUCUCUAUACCAAAUUCACUUUAGAUUACCAGAUAAGUGACAAACACUCACACUCCCUAGACUCCAUAGUGGUGUUUAUCUCUUUUUGCAACCUUAACCUAAAAUUAUCACUAAACUCUACCUCACAGGAACACAAGAUCACAUCCUAAGUGCCUAUCCUAGCAUGUAUCCUUUCAUGUCUACCUAUCCCGUCAAGAAUAUUCUGAAAGGCUUGGACAAACCAACUAACACUACUAGAAUACCUAUUGACGGACCUCAAUUUUGUGCACUUUCAGUCAUUCUAGACACCAAUCCAUUUGAAACCAGCACUAAUCUGUUAAUUAUAACAGCAGCCUAUCUAUCCUCCCUGGCUCUGUAAUCUGUGAGUGUGAUUCUACACUUGUUAUUUAUAUAUUGGUUAUCACAGUAUACACUAUGUUCAGUUCUUUCUUUUGAUCAUUUUAAAAUAUACAUAUAUACAUCAACUAUAUCUGUCUACAAGUGCAUAAGUAUUCUCUUUCCUUGUUUGGCACAGAGUACUUUAUUUGUUUUUCUGCAUGGCAGAGGGUGUGUAUACUUAGUGUGUAUUGUACUUUUCUAAGUACCUUGUUGUUUAGUCAUUUAGGGGUGUUGGAGAAUGCCUUUCACACCCAAAACCGUGGAGAUACUGUGAAAGCGCCAUUCACUUAUAUAGUUUUUAACAACCUCUCAUUUUGUUGCGAGUGUCUGGCACAUCCAAGCCUUUAUGGUUUGGAGACAUCAUUGAUAUACUGGCAUGAAUUGUUAAAUAUUAGCCAUAUGUGUAUGUUAGUAGGUAUCCUGGGGGUGGGCGGAGCCCGAGGCCUCCUGAUUAAGGCCUCUUUCCUAGCUCACUACAACCCCUGUGAGAUCAGAUCAUAUUUGGGGUCUUCUCCUUCCUAGCUAUCCUUGAUUAUUUUAUUAUUUUUGGUAAAUACCUUCAGACAGCUCUGCAUUUUAUCUACUAACAUUUCCCAGGUGGAGAUUGUAUUACCCACGCUGAUUGCAAUGAGCAUGUAUAUGCUUCUUUAAAUGUGAGUACAAUUUACUUUUAAUUACAAAUUGAAAUUUCCAAUACAGACAGAGAACACUAUUCUCCUCAUUUCUAUAUUUUACUAUAUACCCAUUGGAAAAGACGGAGGCACAUCCUUUACAAGCUAUAUCAGUGAGCGGGGUUAUACAGCUUUAAGAUCUUACUACCAAAAAACAAACAAGAGUCCUGCGCAUCCAGUACAGGUGUGCACACCCAGGUGCUACCAAAAUUAAUUUGAGGACAAAGUUAAAGCAGCAAAUGUUUCAGGCAACAGCCCUUUCUCAAUGCUAAUGUCCUACAGAAUAUGCAAGAUAACAACAAUAUAUACAAAAAAAUAGUGCUUACAUAAACCAAAAGUGCCAGCCCAGGUAAUCAAAUCUAGAAGCAGGAUCAGAUGUGCAGUACAUUUCCAUCACUCUGGCAUGUUUGAUGAUUCCAGUCACUACCUGGAUCGACAGAAAUGUGCGUGAUGACAUCAUCCCGUUCAGAAACGUUUGCUGCUUUAACUUUGUCCUCAAAUAAAUUGUGGUAGCACCUGGGUGUGCACACCUAUACUGGAUGCGCAGGACUCUUGUUUGUUUUUUGGUUGUAUAUACACUGUUGGGACUUCAGUGUGGAGUAUCAGCAGCACAGGUCUAAUCUUCUUUGUUUAUACUUUUAAUUUUGUAGGCUUUUUUGCCUCUACCUCACCCUAUAUAUUUAAGAUCUUAUUAAGAGCUGCAUUGGAAGCUCUUUGUUUGUGAGUACAUUUUAAUCUCUUUUUAUAUACACAAUGGGUUUGUUCUAUUGAGUUACACUAUUGGAUCCCCCUUUUCUGUAUUCCAUUUGAGAUGCGUAUGCAGUAAAGAUAACGUAAGACGUACCAGUGUCCCUACAAAGACCCUGGUAUGAUUCUUCACCUAAUAUCCAGUGACAAGGAUUAUAUUGUCAGAAGCAGAGACAAUCGAGUCAACAGAUGGCUCCUCGCUUAACUUUCUUAUUAUUUACGAGGACAUUCUUUGUAAUUAUAGAUUCCAGUUACUACUACUUGCAUAUAACUGUAUUCCUUAGCAAUACCAGUACUGUCUAGUUAUCCGGCGCAACCUGUUUUCUUUCUUUCUAUUAAACACCAUUGUUUUAGCCUGACCCCAAAAGGCAAUUUGGACAUAAAAAAACAUUGUUAACCCUGCAAUGGGUGUUGUUUUUCAUUAUUUUCAAUAGGUAACUGAUGUUUUCAAACAAUUAAUUGCCCUUGGACCACUUAUUUUCCCAUAGAUUUCCACAGAGUAGUGUGCACUCUAUGAAACACAAUUGUUUUUAGUGUGGCCCAAUGGCAAGUUUGGCAUGAACAACAGCAGUUGCGAUUUCUGCGACUGUGGUAAUUACGCCACUGCCUACAUGUUGUCAUUUUUUUUAAAUUUGGGUUGCACUGCAAUGAAACAUACAAGUGUAAUUUAAAUUAUAAUCAGAGUUGACUCCAAAUAAGAAACCAAGUUUCACGAAUAAGAAACCAACUUCCACGAAUAAGAAACUUGCCUAAUAAGAAACCAACUUCAACCUCGUAACUAAAACCUUAAAAUUACAAUGUCCAUCUUUGUCAAUUUGACAUGUUGGUAGAUAUGAUAACUGAGUGGAGUGAGAGUGGUAGUAUGCAAAAUAUGUAUCUUUUUGUUUUUUUGUUCUUGAUGAAAUUUCUUUAACUAUAUAUACACAUUACAAUUUAAGGUUAAAGGAAGUUUGCUCACAUAAAAUUACGUAGUAACAUUGUUUAAAAUGAUCUACCCAUAGGAAUACACAGUUAAUAUGAAUGUAGAGCGGUCUAAAAAACUAUUUUGCAAUAAUACUCGUUGUAAGGCAGAAUGUUGAGCUAUGAUCAAUGCAUUAUUAGCAAAAGUUUAACAUUUACAGAAACAUUUCGAUUCACUCAGUCACUUGCAGUCUGUUUCACAUUUAUGUUCGUUGACACUUUAUUGCAAUAAAGUAUAUUGAAAUGACUGUUGGUGACGUGAUGUUGUUUACAUGCGGCAGAAUGUAUGGGAUUAUUGUGUUCCAACGCGUAACGUUCCACACAAACAACAUGUAUCUACAAUUGGCUGCAGACAAGGUUAUACUUAGUUGCUACGUGUUCCAAAUACUGUAAUUGGUUCAUUGCAAUGAGAAACGUUCAGCAACUGCCAAUUAAAGUUCGCCUAGCUCUGAGUGCCCGAAGUGCUGUUGUGAGGGGGAGACCUUGGCGAGGCCGUGAUUCGCGCGCUGCUAUUGGCUAGAACAGAACGUCCAGGACGCAGACAGCCUAUGGUGUGAUUGGCCACGCCCAGCGGCUUCCUGUCCUCUCUGCGAUCUGUCGCAGUGAUACAGAUUGGAAGGAAGGAAAACAGCGCUGGUUCGAUGGAGGGCAGACAGCUAGAGUACAAGAUACGCUUCUUACCUGGCUGGGUGGAAGUGGUGCAGGUGAGACACAGUUUGUGUGUUAGGCAAUUAAUAGACAACGUCCCCAUUCAUCGCAAUGUAUGCAUGAGGUUGUCAUAUUCUGCUGGGCACAUAAACCCUUCAUCUUGUGAAUAGUUACUGUAAAGUUAUUUAUGUUCUGCUACACGUAGCAUUUAUAUGCUACACAUAUAUUGAGAUACAUUACUUAGGGAGAAGGGCACGCCUGCAGCAUUUAAUGCCUAUAUACUACAGGGCAUCACUUAUUAUGCCCUGCCCAUCAGCCUGUAGAAAGGAUGUGUAUCUAGAAAAACAAGGCACAUCUGGCAACAUAUGUUUUGGCUGCUCAGGUGCCAUUCUAAUUUUGCACAUUCCAUGACAAGAUUUGCAGGCUGAUUAUUAUUUAUUUUUAUUAUAAUUUUUUUUUUUGUGUUUUUUGCAAUUGAGUUUAUGUUGUUGCUGCAGUCUUCUGUAGUUCUGGUAAACGUUUUACCUUUUAACUUUUAUGGACUGUGUCUCCUGUGAUGCUCAGAUCAGUAGAUCUGUUUGCUUAGCAUCAUAGGUCUGAAUGCUAUGAAAUAUUGGGUACAAAAAAAGUUUGCCUUUGCUUUAAUUGCUAAAUGAGAAGGGGAAAAAUAUUGCAUAUUUUAAUUUUUCUAAUAAAUAGUAUGUCUUACAGAAACUGAUAUGUUGUAAUAACUUCACCAGAUGAAAUAAAAAAAAACUUUUUGUUGUAAAUUCUUGUAGAAAUGUAGUUGUCGCAUGUAGCUGCAGAACUUUUUUUUUUUUUUUAACAGGAGUUUCCCAUUCCAGUUUACUAAGAAGUUAUUUCAAUGCUAUGGUGAAUCACAUCUUGAUAAUUGAUUAAUUUGUAUUACCACAAAUCGUUCUAGCAGAUAUCUGAGUUGCUGAAACAUUAAUCUAUCAGUGAUAUUAGAUUAAAACUCCCUGCUUUAACUCCUGAAUUACAAGUUUAUACUUUUAUACUGCAAAGCCAAGCAGGCAGGGCACAUCUUCAUUUGACACUGAAAUAUUGAUAUUAAAUGGGGUAGAGAUGCCACUGAUUUAAUGAGGAAGUCUUGGACAUAAUAAUAACCCUGGCAUUAUGAAAGUCUUAAUUUCCUGUAUCAGAAGAAAAGGAAAACAAAUCAUACUGCAGGACAAUAUAAGAUGUCAGAUUUUUGUCUCUGGGCUAGUAAAAAAAAAAACAAAAACAAAAAAUUCACUUCAGAAACUCCUUUUUAACCCCUUCAGGACAGCAUCAAUUGUUCACGUUCAACAUCAAAACAAAAACUGGAAUUUGCGCUAUAUGUCUGUUCAACCAUAAUUCACCUUAUAUAUUAAUAUUUCAUAUUAAGUGCACCUACACUUAUUAUAUAUAAUUUUACUCAGGAGAAAUGGGGCUUUCAUUUAACAUGAAAUAUUUAGGUAUGAAACAAUUUAAUAUGAAUAAAAUACUGUAAGAAAUAAAGAUUUUAAAAAAAUAUAUUUGUAGUUCCGCCUGACAUUUUUGCUAUAAAUGUCAUAACACUGAUGGCUUUUACAGCAAAAGAAAUUGCACAUAUUUGUAUUAGACCAAUAUUUUAAUUUUUAAUUUUUUUUUAGAGCCAACUCCGAUAUUCUGUGAACUUUCAGGCCUAUAGCCGAUAACUUGCCAAUAUUCUGUACAUUUACCAUUUUGAAAAAAUAAACUAUUUCUGAAGGUAAAUGCACAAAAUAUACAUGCCACAUGUAGUGGAUGCAGUGUGUUUAGACAGGGGAGCUGUGUGUGUUUGCGCGCGCGCAAAGUGAAUGCAGUGUGUGUGCGCGCGCGCAAAGUGAAUGCAGUGUGUGCGCAAAAUGAAUGCAGUGUGCGUGCGCGCGCGCGCAAAGUGAAUGCAGCGCGCGCGCAAAGUGAAUGCAGCGCGCGCGCAAAGUGAAUGCAGCGCGCGCGCAAAGUGAAUGCAGCGCGCGCGCGCAAAGUGAAUGCAGUGCGCGCGCGCGCGCGCGCGCAAAGUGAAUGCAGUGUGUGUGUGUGUGUUUCUGUAGCUAUGUAAUAUGUGUGUAAAAUAGGGAGGGGGGGGGCCUUUUUAUUUUUAUUUAAAAUAUUUUUUUUGUCCCCCCCCUUCCUGCUUCUUACUUGGCCGGGGGGAAUAUGGCAUUCCCUGGUGGUCCAGUGGCAUGAACUGUGCAGUGAGGGUCCGCAGCAAGCUUUUACUUCCCUUUCCAGCAGCUCCCUUCAGCUCCCCUGUCUAAAUCUCACGAGUCCCAGUGCCGUCAGAGCAUUGCAAUGGGUUACCAUGGUAGUGUUCCCUGCGGCACGCUGGCCGGGAGAUAAAAAAUGCUGGGAAGGUAAGGAAGAGCUUGCUGCGCAACCUCCAGGACUGCCGGGCUUGUCCUGGUAUGCAUUAUCGACAUCUCUAUAGGCCAAUACCGAUAUUGCCGAAAAUGCAGAAUAUCGGCCGAUAAUAUCGGCCAGACCGAUAAUCGGUCGAUCCCUAAUUUGUAUUCAGCAAAGUCUCACGAGUAAAACAGUACCCCCUUUAACAGGUUUUACGGUGUUUUGGAAAGUUACAGGGUCAAAGAUAGCACAUUCCAUUUUUUGUUUGUUUUUUUAUCAUAGAAAUUUGCCAGAUUACUAAUGUUACCUUUGAGACUGUGUGGUAGCCCAGGAAUGAGAAUUACCCCCAUGAUGGCAUACCAUUUGCAAAAGUAGACAACCAAAGGUAUUGCAAAUGGGGUAUGUCCAGUCUUUUUUAGUAGCCAAUAAGUCACAAACUGUCACGGGUGGCGGUACGGAAACCGGGACCCCUGAGUGCCUGAUGAGAAGGGAGUCUCAGCGUGGAAGAGGAUUAUCAGUCUGGUGCAGGGUAACCGCACGCCCCCUGGUGUUGAGCACAAGCGUUUGUGCAGCCACAUACCAGAACCCUGAUGCAGCUUAUGCGGAUCUGAGGAACUAGGAGCUAGGAAAUAAGCAGACCUCCCCGGAGCUGAAUAGGGAGGAUCUGCAGCAAGAAUGUAUCCAGUACAGAAACAAGGCAAGGCUAGGCUAGGAUAGGAUAGUCACCAAACAUGAAAACAAGACCAAACUAGGAGAACCCAGAACCAGAGCAGGACAGAAAGCAGAACAUGUACACAAGACAUGAGGAAAACAAGAACAGGACAGGACAGUACAUGAACUGAGAAUACAAGACAAAAUAAAACAAGACAAGAGAUACAAGGUAAAACAAGAGGAGACAUAACUAAGUACUCUAUCUGAAAAUCAUGGGGAUUUAGUCACAUUAUAUGAUCAUACAUUGCAUAAGCCUGCCAACAACGCCAAUGUACCCCAUAUCUGGCAGGUCCUACACUGCCUAAUGUUCGCUAAAAGAACCAUACUAAACCACAAUCGCACUUACCUGCAAGAAAAGGCAGACACUUGAAACACUGCUGCAGGUCCAGGAAAACAAACGGGUGUGGCAACAUAAAACAAACAUAUAAAUGAAUCCAGGAGACUGGGAAUUCCAGGGACAGAUUACAGGAAUGAACCCAGAAAAACCCAGCAUAAAGAAAACCAGACACAGAAUAGAAAACCAGAAAAACUAAACAAGAAAUGUAAAAAGAGUACUGGAUACCAGAAGCCAAAGCCAGACAUCUCCGCAGAACAUGGCGUGAUGUGACACAAACACUUGCCAAAUUUGGCGUUCAAAUUAGUUUUUUUGCAUUUUUCACACACAAAUAUUAACACUAACUUUGGCCAGUAUUUGUGACCAAGUGGCUACUAAAAAAGGCUGAACAUACCCCACCUGCAAUACCUUGGGUCCCCUACUUUUUCAAAUGGUAUGCUAUCAUGGGGAUUGUGGCGAAACCGGCCUCGCCACGUGUCCUUGGAGGGGGCUGCUUGCCCGCCUCUUGCCUUUGGACUAUGGACCAGACUUUAUGUGAAUGUGUUAACCCAGAUAGCUAUGCCAUGGAGCCCAUUCGUGUAGUUAAAGACUUCGGCUCCAUGGCAAUUGAACUGUGUGAAUAGGAUCUGAGCGCUAUUCGGUAGUUUUGUGCGCUCAGAUCCCAGCUAUCUGGGGAUAUGUGAAAUGUCUGUGUGUUAUGUGUAAAAGUGACUUUAUGUAUUUUAAAGUGUUUUGUGUCUUUUUGCAACCAUGUGCUUAAUGGAGUCUUGUGUCUGUCCUGGGAGAUAAUUGAAUUACUUAUCUCCAGGAUAGAAGACUCUGAAACUGGUUUGUGCCAGAAAGCCAUGCUUCAUUUAGUCACAAAGGACUUUCCCUUAACUUUUGAACCCCUGGUCUGAUUCGUGCCAUUUUUUAACUAUAGUGCCAGGGAAAACAUACUUGUUUUCUUUUCUCUCCUAAUGCCCCCCCCACCCUCAGGUCCCCCCUCCCGCCCGGCUCUGGAAGGGAAAGGGGUUUAAGCUUUACCUUUUCCAAGCUGGUGAGCUCCUCCUCCUCUCCGCCUCCGUUCGCCCGCCCAUUGAAUGCAUGCAGCGCUUGGCAAAGGCCUCUUGUAGCAUUCAACCCGUCAUAGGAAAGCAUUUACAGUAGUUUCCACCAGCACUGCGUGCUCUCACUGUGAAAAUCACAGUGAGAAGCACGCAAGCGCCUCUAGUGGCUGUCAAUGAGACAGCCACUAGAGGAUUAGGGGGAAGGCUUAACCCAUUCAAAAUUAUAGCAGUUUCUCUGAAACUGCUAUAAUUAUGAAAAAAUGGGUUAACCCUAGAAGGACCUGGCACCCAGACCACUUCAUUAAGCUGAAGUGGUCUGGGUGCCUAGAGUGGUCCUUUAAUAUGUUGUUCCCCUGAAUGGAUUGAUUAUGAAAAUGUAAGUUUUAUGUAUGUACGAUGUUAACUCCCAAAGUUAUAAAAAUGUACAAAAAGUAACUUUUCAGCUUGGAGAUAAUUGAGUAGAUACAGUAAUUGACUCAAUUAUCUCCUAAGCAGAAGGGAGGAAUAUGCUGGGUGUGUUUCUAUUGUCCCAUUGUGUCUGAUUGGCUGCUGUACUUGCAUUGUAUGUGUUGUAAUGUGUUUAUUGGUGGUUCUGCAAAACCCUGUGGGCAGUACUAUGUUUUGUGGAUUGUAAUAAAAACCUGGCUGGGUGUGCCAGCACUGGAGUUCCUGUUUAACCCUCAAAGUGAAGUGUCGUCUCAUUAUUGGGGGAAGGAUUCAUUGUAUGCUGUUCCAGUUUGACUGCUAGGAGAGUAAACCUAUUCGUAUGGUUCCUAUUCAACUGUCUACAGCAUUCAUAUGCUUGAGAGAAGGUAUAUGCUUCUCUGGUUCGGAGGUUGUGGUGUCUGCUGCAGUGCUUGGAAUCCUCAGGAAGCGCUAGGAGCAUCCUUCAACGGAGGUACCCAGUCGGGGUGCCAGGUGAUCCGUUACAGGGAUAAUUCUCAUUCCUGAGCUACCAUAAAGUCUCAAAGGGAACAUUACCAAGCUGGCAAAUUUCAAUGUGAAAAAAAUUAAAUGCAAGCCUUAUAUUUGACUCUCUAACUUUCCAAAACACCAUAAAUCCUGUACAUGAGAUGGGAGGGGAGGGGGGUGUAAUGUUAUACUUGGGAGACCACACUGAACACAAACAUUAGUGUUUCAAAACUGUAAAACAUAUUACAACAAUAAUAGUGUCAGUAAAAGUGCAGUUCAUGUGUGAAAAAUGAAAAAAAAACAUAACUUUUGCUAAAAAUAUCAUCGUUGUAAUACAAUUUAUAUUUUUGAAAGACUAAUAUUUGUGUUCAAUGAAGUCUCCCGAGUAAAACAGUAGCCCCCAUGUACAGGUGUUUUGGAAAGUUAGUGUUAAAUAUAGUGCUUGCAAAUUACAUUCUCUGCACUUUCUGCCUGGGUUGUCAGGCAUGUCAAUGAAAUUUUAAUUAAUAAAAUCACUUAAUUCUGCUAAAAGAUUACUUAAAUAUACACAUAUAAUUUUAAUAUAUAUUCUUAUAUAUGUAUCUAAAUUCUACAAGUAUACUUAUGUAAUCAUUAAUGUAAUUAUAUAGAUCUGCGGUUAUUUGUAUUUUGUAUAUAGAUUGUCAUUCUAAGUGUGUGUGUGUAUGUGUGUAUAUAUAUAUAUAUAUAUAUAUAUAUAUAUUAUAAUGAAAUUACAUAUGUAUAUAUAAUUUAUUUUCAUUUAAAAAAAAUUAAAUUUUAUUGUUAUUAUACGUGUGUGUAUGUGUAUAUAUAUGUGUGUGUGUGUGUGUAUAUAUAUAUAUAUAUAUAUAUAUAUAUAUAUAUAUAAUGUAACUUCAUUCUAAGUGUAUUUUAAUACUAAUAUAUGUACUUAUAUUAAUAUACUAAAAUAACGGACGUUACAUAUAUAUUAUGUACAUUUAAUUUAUUUUAAACAUUGUGGCGAAACCAACCUCGCCACUGUACACUGGAAAAGCCUGGUUGCUCGCCUGCUGCCUUUGGACUAUGGCCCCAUGUUAAAAGACAUCUUUUUUCCCUGCAGAAAAGACUUAUUCGUGCUUUUCUGCCGGGUGUUCGGUAUAUUCAAUCUACCGAACAACCGCAGGAAUGAAUAGACCACCUGGGAGCUGGAGUGUGCCGGCAAUUAACCUCCCUGAAGCUGCGGUUAACCGCAGCUUAAUUGACGAAUGCUGGGUGGCUGGCAUUCGUAUCAUGAACACGAGGUCGCAGCCAUUUUAAACAUGCGAAUGCACAGCGGUGUUCAACGCUUAAUUCAUGGAACUGAAAUCGGACACAGUUUUGUGCGAACACCGCUGAAGCCGCCGACCUCCCUUCUUGUUCGGUGAAAGUUCACGAACGGCCCGGUGUUCGGUAGUUUUGUUUGAGUGUGUUGUGCUCCAGAUAGGAAUCCCAUGGAGCCCAUUCGCAUGAAACUGACUGUGUAAAGACUUUAGCUCCAUGGCGAUUAAACUGUAUUCGUGUGGUCUGAGCGCCAUUCGCUUAAUAAUGUGCGCUCAGACCUGAGCUAUCUGGGGAUAUGUAGAACAUAUAUGUUUUAUGUCUUUUACUGUUUGUUUUCUGCCAUGUGAUUAAUGGAGUUUUUCCUCUGUCUUUGGAGAUAAUUGAAUUACUUCCCAAAUUAUCUCCAGGGCAGAGAGGAGGGAUUGUGAUGCAUUGUGGGAUGGUUGAAAUGUGUAAGUCUGUGAUUGGUCCUUUUACCCUUUGUGUCCCAGUCUCCCAUUUGGUCCCCUAGAGACCUGCAUAAAAGCCGGGCAGUUAGCCCCAGUAAAUCAGUUCCUGCUUAACCCUCAAAGUGAAGUGUUGUCUCAUUAUUGGGGGAGGAUUUACUGUAUGCUGUUAGAGACUGAUUGCCAGGAGUGUAUGCCGCUUGGGGGCUUUUCCUGUUCGUCUGCUAGCAGCUAUUCGUGUGUCUCCAGUUCGGGAGUUUCGAGUAUUCCCUUGGUUGCAGUUCGGGAGUUGGUGAAUUCGUGGGUUUGCAGUUCAGGAGAUUGGUGCUUGCAGUAGCUGUCGGUGCAGCUGAAAAAGGGGAAUAUCGCCUAAACGGUUUUUAACCUCUUUUUUGGGCAAAACGGUCCGUUACAAACAUGUUUAAUUAUUUUAUUUUUUUUAUACUUCCCACUAGCAGUGGGACUGUCUGACAGUCCAGGCAGUCCCCAUGCUGGCAGAUCCACAGCCAGCUAUAGGGGGCCAUAUGAUCGCACGAUCACAUAAUCGCUGGGGGCCUGAUUCCCAGGCAGUCCUCCCGAAGAGGAUUGUGGCGGAAGUCCACCGGAACUCCUGGGGGCUUAAGCCGUUACAGCGUUCUAUGCCGCCGCAGCGGCUUUAAAGCCAAUUAGAAUGGGGAUGGCAUAGAACGCCAUAACGGCGUUAAGGGGUUAAACAUACCUACAAAACAGUGCCAGUACAGAUUUGCUGCAGCCCAAUCCUUGUAUUGAGAGAUUAUUAAAGGGAUACUCUAAGUAGCAAAAUAACAUUAAAGAGACACCCAAUGCCUAAUACAAAGUAAAUUAAAAUCAAAGUUUAGUACAUAUAACCCAAAUGUGUAACAUGCAUGCAUUUAAUUAUAUAUAUAUAUAUUUUUAUUUGGAGUAUAUCUACAAACAACUUGCAAAAGCUACAGUUCUUUUAUCUGCUGUUUUUGUCACCCCUCCUCUUCUAACUCUGCCUAGACUUUGUGUGGCUGUCCAAUGACAGACCUCCCAAUGUAGCUCAGUGAGAAGUCUUUGCAAGGCAGUUGCUCUGAGUUAAUCAAACCAGGACGUAACAUGACUGAUUGUCUGCUUGAAAGCCAGGGGUUGUUACCUAGUUAAUCCAUACAAGUGUCAAAUUUUUAUUAGGACAAAAUCUUCACACACAAAGCUUUUCAGCAAGCUAAAGUGUUUUAGGGUUCUUGAGUGUCCCUUUAAGCAUUUCUGGUGUACAAAUCAUACUCCUUCAGUCUCCCUGCUCAAAUUCUCUGCCAUUUAGCAUUAAAAUCAUUAUAUAUUUUUUUCUAUUAUUUAUGCAACUCUAACCACACUUCCCCUGGCUGUGACUCACACAGCCAACAUGAAAAAAUAACAUGGUUUCAUUUUCUAUCAUAUUUUGCAGUGUUCUUACUUUACAACAAGCAUGUCAAACUUGCGGCCCACAAGGGACAUCUUUGCGGCCUGAGGAGCCGCGAGUACAUGCCUUGUUAUAGCAGAGUAGGCACGUGCUUUCCCCACAUUGCAGUUGCCUACUAUGCUAAAACUUACCCGGCCAGGGUGGAGGACCAGCGAGGGAGCUCAGUGUUCAUGCGCCUCACUGCUCCCUCGCCGUCUUUAGUGAAGCCGGGCGCCGGAAUAUGACGUCAUAUUCCGGCACCACUAAACCGCGCGAGGGAGCAGUGAGGAGCAGAUAGGAUUCCAGGGAGAUGCCCCACAUUGGCUCCAAAAGGGAUGGAGCAAUAAAGUAGUGUGUGUGUGUGUGUGUGUGUGUCUGGGUCAUUGUUACAUUGGCUGCGACUGGACAGUGGAGUACCUGGAGGUGCAUGGAGGCACGUAACGCCACGCCACAUUUCGACGUGACAUCAGCGUGCUCCACCUUCACAGGGUUUCAAGAAGUAGCGGGAGGAUCAGAUUUGGCACAGGGUGCGGACGGCGCCAUUUGGGGUAUACGAGAGGCCGGACUCCGGAGUCGCAUACUGGCACCGGCAAUGUGAGUGGAGCCUGCUUGUUCACUAGAGGGGAGUGCUGGGAUUUAGUAGAAGGGGAGGACUGGGAUUUAGUAUAUGGGGGAGACUGGGAUUUAGUAUAUGGGGUGCUGUGGUUUAGUAGAGGGGGAUGCUGUUCUAUGUUUCUAGGAAAAUGUAAAGUGUUUUUUUCUUUGCGGCCCACAUAAACUUAAAUCUUGUUUAUGUGACCCAUGCUAGACUUUGAGUUUGACAUGCUUGCUUUACAAUGUCUGAUCUUCUGGUGUCUCAGUUGAACUUUAGUCACACACUCGUAGAUGUUGCAGGCACUAGCAGAUUAUUACAAGAGCAGGAGAAAAGAACUUGGUAAGAGAAGCUAAAAAGUGUGUGUGUGUGUGUGUGUGUGUAUGUGUGUGUGUGUGUGUGUGUGUGUAUAUAUAUAUAUAUAUAUAUAUAUAUAUAUAUAUAUAUAUAUAUAUAUAUAUAUAUAUAUUAAAAGGCUUGGCCUGUAGUUGUGGGAGGGGCUUGGUUUCCCUUUAAAAGGGCUGCCAAUCCACUCCCACCUUACUGUUGCUGGUCUGGCGAGUCAACCCUCCCACCACUCUCUCUAUUCGUAACACCCUCUAAGGUGGGCCCACUUUUAUUACAGGCCUACUGCUUUGUCGGUUCCGGCACACCACAACCGACUGGUGCUAACUCAUGGAUGUUAUGUUUAUAAUAUACUAAGAUUUCUGUGUUCGGCCAUAUUGCCCCGAAUAUAUUAUAUAUAUAUAUAUAUAUAUAUAUAUUCUCAGCCAGAGAAUGUGUGGCUAGUGCUACAAAGUGAUUUAACUACUAAAUGGCAGAGCUUUGAGCAGUGACACUGCAGGGGCAUGAUCUAUACACCACAACUAUUUCCCAAACAACUUGUACUCAUUAGAUUGAGCAUGCAGUUCUAUCUGUACAUUGUGCUAGCAGUUUUGUAUAGAUUAGGAGAACACAGACUUAAGAACAGGCAUACUGAGGCAUUAACUGGCAAGGAGGAGCAGAAAAGAUCUCCUACAGGAUGUCCUGCUCAACCAAGCAUAGUGAAAACAAUCACAACAUAUAAACAGAGCAGCGGUGGGAGUGCAGGAAACAGGGACCGGAAGACCACCACCAAUGAUGUGACACCAGACUAAACAAAAAUAGAGGUGAAAAAAAAAAAAAAAAAAGAGAAGUCACAAGUAAUAAAAUCGGGAUGAAAUUGUUAUGUUGCUUGAAGUGCUCCGCAAAGUAAUAACAGAGAUAAGAAUUUUUUAUUUUUAGAAAAAAGAUGUUGAAUAUAUUUUUCCUUUUAUAUUUCUUGAGGAUAUAGUCAUUAUCCUGUAUACUUACCAAAAUUACAAGAUUAAUUAAAACACAGCAUGCUUGUCUUUUUAUUUAGGAGGAGGAUGUUGUUCCCAACAGAAGAGCUCUUAUAACUGGGGCCACUGGACUCCUUGGCCGUGCUGUGUAUAAAGAGUUCAAAGACAACAGCUGGCAUGUGGUGGGUUGUGGAUACAGUCGGGCACGGCCCAGGUUUGAACGUGUUGACCUAUUGGAUGCAGCAGCCGUGGAAGCACUGGUCCAGGAUUUUAAGGUAAUGUGUGAUUUAUAUUCUUUUUCCAAUAAGUAUGUGUCUUUUUAUCCUUGCCAUGGGGUGUGUGUGGCUAUAAGUGUGUUCUAUGGGGAACUUGCAGCCUUGUGCAUUAUAGAGCUCAACCCAUUAUAGGCACUUUUUUCUUGUAUUAGAUUUUUUUUUUUUUUCAUUACUACAUUUGUUGCAAAUCAUCAGUCUGUACAACUAGACUAGUCAACUCCGUUUUGGUUUAUCUUUUUAUAGGAUCAUUGCAUGUGUGUGCAGCUAAUAGAUUCCUACUAAAAAAGAAAAAAAAAUCAGUGCAAAAGUAAAAUUCAUGUAUAACUUUUUCAAGUGGGAUCUUAUGGGGAUGGCUUGCGUCAUUAUUGUUAUUACUGGUAUUUUUAAAGCAUCAACAAAUUCCACAGCGCUGUACAAUAUACACAGACAAAUACAAGAGCCCAGCCCAUAAGCUGAUUACUAGCCAUUGGAGCUCUUUUAUAAAAUGUAGAAGCCUUGGUUUCUCUUUUGCAUGACCACACUUUCAAGAGCACUGGUCUUAAAUAUUAUAAUUCAAUAUCUGGGUUGUGUUAUAAACACUAUCUGUGAAGUAAGUCACAUAAAAUCAGUUACCGGUGGAUCACAUGGAGAGGGUGUAUGGUGGUAUCACUUAAUGUUGAAUUUCAUAAAAUACAGACUAAAGAACAGCACGCACAACAAAAUUACAGUUUUAAAUUCUACGAAGUUACUUAAAAUCACCCAUUUUAGGAAACAAAUGUGGGGUUUGUUACACUAUAUGGCCAUAUUUUGUUAAGCCCACCACUACGUCGCAGUUACCCAAUAUCUGUGGGUUCUACACUAAUUUUAACAUGGGAGAUGAACAUGCUAACUGCAAUACUUACUGCUUAAAAUGCUUCUAGAGACACUCCUUCAUUUAUUCCUUCCUGUGGACACCUCCAAUGUGAAUAUUGUGGAUGCUCAGCCCAAUAGAAAUCUGGCCUUGAUUUAAGAAAAGAAAAGGGGAGAAUUCAGGUCAUACCUGGAACAUGCAUUUCUAAAUAGGGCUACUGCCUUAAAGACCAUAAUGUAUACAAAAUACAGAGUCUAUUUUAUGCAUAUUUUGGUCUUUAAGGCAGCACCACUGUGACGAACCGCUUGGCACCGACCGGGUACCUCCGGCAAUCGCUACUUUUUAGUACUUGCAAGCACCAUAAGCACUGCACAGGAACACCAUAACCGCCGUAAACCCCACGAACCGCCGCAGCUUGGUUGGGGCUUAGCUGUCCUCCAACCACCCUGGACCCAAGACCAGGAUACAGCUUCCAGUGGGUAGACCUCUCCUCAUCCAGAGAGCAUAGCAGAAACAGCUCUUAUAAGAGCUAGUGCUUAUACUCAGGGGAGUAUUGUGAUAUAGCAAUCCCCAGAGUGAAUAUAGUUCUCCAAUCCCCCAAACAUGAGCCAAGACUUCAUGAAGGGGUAAAUGAAUUUCAGUUUAAUGGGAGCCACACUUGGUCUUAUAUGACAAUCCACAUGCAAGGGUUACGCCCACAUGGACCUGAUGGUAGACUGAUUUGCAACAUCACAGACCAAUAACAAUAAGGUUACAAGGCACGACACAGCACACAAUCCCUCCCCUCUGCCUGGGAGAUAAGUGAGUCAGGUACUGUAUUAACUCCAUUAUCUCCAGGGCAGAAAAUAACACAUAUUUCUUUAAAACCCCCAAAGUACCCCAAAACCACAUAAAAUCCCCACAAAUGUUACAUCCCCUGAGAGCCCUGAUCUGGGUGACCAACAUAUCCAAAAAUCACCCAGAUCUGUUCAGGGAUUCAAGAAUUCUAUGGAAGUCACAUUUUGACCGACCGCAUACAGUCAGUCUAUUUUGGAAAUUCUAAAUAAAGUCCAGAAUACUGAACAUAGCCAUUCGUGAGUACAGUCAGUUUGUCUCUCGUUCGGGAGUUUAUUCUUACGGAACGCUGUUCGACUCCCGUUCGAAUAGCUGAACAUCCAUGGAAGGUAAAUAGUUAGUGGUGUUCGUGUCGUUGAGUGUCUGAUUUGAGUUCCAUGAACUUGACGACCAAACACCGCUCAUUGUAUUCGCGGCUUAAGAUGGCUGCUGCCACUUGUUCGAACAACUUCGACCAUUCGAUAGUUCGAAGUGUUACUGUAUCAGUCCAAAAGGGCACAAACAGUGGUUUCAACCAGGGUUUAACACAGGGGCCAUAGUCACAGGGUAGGAGGCUGGCAAACAAUAGCCAGUGGCAAGGUUACUUUCGUCACAACCACUACUUAAAAACGCAUGUUCCGGGUAUGCCCUAAAUCCUCCCCCCUUCCCCCCCUUUUUUUUUUUCCUGUGUUGAAUUUCAUAUCAGUCCUCUCCAAAUUUCUCAUCUCAGGCAACAAAAUGGAGCCCAUAAGGAUCUUUUCACACUGAUAUAUAAGAACUUAAAACCAUCCAAACAACCUCCUUAUCUGCCUUUGCUUAUUUCACUGCUUCCACUUCCCAAUAGGUGCAGACUCCAUGCAGUGGUGCAGAUAAAGAGGUAGGAAUGGAUUAAAACAGCAGGUCUUGCUAAACCCUAAAGUUGUGGAAACAUAUCGCACACGAUUUGUUACAUGCUUUAGUAACAAACAACAUUUUCCAACUACUACAUACUGAGAGUUAAAAAUCCUUUAUUUUAUGGUAUACAGCGGGUUAAAUAGGCAUUGCCUUUUGCACCUUGUAGUUUUUUUUUUGGUUUUUUUUUGUAGUUUUUUGGUUACUUUUUUUUAAUCUAGGUAUAUGUUCUGGUACAGCUCCACCUCUGAUAAGAAUUACUCUAUAAUAAUAUGGCGUGCCAUAUUGUUUUUUUUUUAACUGAAACAAAUAUCGUCUUUAUAUGUUCUUUCAUUUCAGCCCCAUGUGAUUGUACAUUGUGCUGCUGAGAGAAGGCCAGAUAUUGUUGAAAAUCAGCCAGAGUCUGCUUCAUUGCUGAAUGUUGGUGCUUCUGAGAAUUUAGCAAAAGAAGCAGGUAAUUCACUAUAGUGAUCUGAUUCACAAUAAAAUGCUAAUUUUAUUGAGAUGCUAGUGUAUUCUUUCCAGUGAAUAAUUCAUUAUUACAAGGCUAUUCACUGAACUUUGAAGUGGCAAGGAAUUGCAAAUCAUAGGCAAAAAAAUAAAAUAAACCCAGUUGAAAAACGUUUCCUAUUUAAUUAUUUUGUUCUAAAUUGGUAAUUCCCUGGAUGAAUGAACCAUAAUGCUGCUUCGCACUGGAAAAAAUGACCUGGUCCCUGACUGGUAGGUCCAAUGAUAUUUAGCUACAUCUGGAAUAAUCUUUUAAGCCUUAUUAAAGGUUGAUGAGACACAAAAUGUCAUAUGCUUUGGCUAAGAACAAGGAUUUGCUAGGGUCAAAAAUACCUGGGUCUGAAGCCCUAAAUGAAAUUUGGUGAACCCUCAAAGUUUCAGACCUGGUCCCUCCCAAAUUUGACAAAAAAUAAAUAGUGUAAAAAACGCUUGUUCUAUUUUUUUUAUUUAUAUUGGUGUGGAUGCACCCAAUUCAUUGUAAAUAGUUUGGGUGUAGGUUUUACAUAUUUUAUAAUUUUUUUUAUUUCUGACUUUAUACAAAAGUGACUAUAGUGUCCCUCAGUGUUUAAAUUUCCCCUAGGGACAACUCUAGUGGCCACUGCAGUUGCUUCCUGGUACAGUGCUGCCCAUCCCACCUCCUUGACAAUUACAUAAAUUCUGUCAGAAAAGAGGUGGAUCGGGGAAGGGGCCAGUGCCAGCAGACCUGCGCGUCACUGAAAAUUACGUACGUUUAAUUACCUUUUAAGGGGUUUAACAGGCGACACGCCACCGAAAUGAUAGUUUUAGCACUGUAGGGUCAGGAAUACAGGUUUGUGUUACUUUUAAAGGGACACUAUAGUCACCCAGACCACUUCAGCUCAAUGAAGUGGUCUGGGUGCCAGGUCCCUCAGGUUUUAACCCUUCAGAUGCAAACAUAGCAGUUUCAGAGAAACUGCUAUGUUUACAUUUGGGGUUAAGCCAGCCUCUAGUGGCUGUCUUCUGGACAGCCACUAGAGGUGCAUCAUAUUAUGCCUCCAUCGCGCAGAGCGUCCAUUGAAAAAUGCUUUCCUAUGGACACUUUGAAUGCGCGUGUGGCACUUGCCGCGCAUGCACAUUCGGCUCCGCUGACGUCGGUGGGGGAGGAGAGGUCACCGGCGCUGUAAUAAGGUAAGCUGCUGAAGGGGUUUUAACCCCUUCAGCGCCACGGGAGGGGGACACUGAGGGUGGGGGCACCCUCAGGGCACUAUAGUGUCAGGAAAACCGAUGAUGAUAUUGUCAGUGAAAGUGACUUUUUUUGCAUUUUUCACACACAAACAGCAUUUUUACUAAUGAUAUUGUUGUCAUACGUUUUCCAGUUUUGAAACACUAAUAUUUGUGUUCACCAAAGUCUCCUGAGUAUACAGUCCCCCCAUGUACAGGUUUUAUAGCAUUUUUGAAAGUUACAGGGUCAAAUAUAUGGGUCAAAUAUUUUUACAUUGAAAAUGGCCAGGUUGGUUACGUUGCCUUUGAGAGCGUAUGGUAGCCCAGGAAUGAGAAUUACCCCCAUGAUGGCAUACCAUUUGCAAAAGAAGACAACCCAAGGUAUUGCAAAUGGGGUAUGUCCAGUCUUUUUUAGUAACCACUUAGUCACAAACACUGGCCAAAAUUAGCGUUCAAUUUAGUUUUUUACUUUUUUCACACACAAUCAAAUAUGAACGCUAACUUUGGCCAGUGUUUGCGACUAAGUGGCCACUAAAAAAGACUGGACAUACCCCAUAUUGAAUACCCUGGGCUGUCUUCUUUAAAAAAAAAAAUAUGUACAUGAGGGGAUUUAUGACAGACAAUAGUGUUACAAUGUCACUAUUGAUAAAUUUUAAAAAUGUGUGUUUUGAAACCGCAAUAUCCUACUUGUACUUCUAGCCCUAUAACAUGCAAAAAAGCAUGUAAAUACUGGGUAUUUUUAGACUCAGGACACAAUUUUUAAUCUAUUUAGCAGUCUUUUUUCAUUCGAUUUUGUAGAUGAGUAAAAGAUUUUUCAAGUAAAAGUCAAAAAACAUGUAUUUUUUUUUCAUUUUUUUUUUAAAUUAAAUUACAUGGGAUUAUAUAAAUAAUGGUAUGUAAAGAAAGCCCCUUUUUUGUAUGGGAACAGUAAAUGAGAGAGCGGAAAAUUACAGCUAAACACAAACACCACAAAAGUGUCAAAAGAUGCCUGGUCGCAAAUGUACGCAAAAACAGUCCGGUCCUUAAGGGGUUAAAACAUACAUUUAUAAAAACAUUAGCAGGUGUACAAAAGGCCCUGUCUAUGACAUCACUUGCUGCUCCAGUUUGGCACAGGUCAGAGUAUUUUUGCGGUUUCCAUCUUCAAACGGUCGUAUUUUAAAAACUCUAAAUCCUACAGCGAAGAGCUUUAUAUUGUGAGAAUCACAAGACCCAGACCUACAUUUUGAUGCAUAGUAUGUCUCUGAAAUAUUAACAGUGAAGGCACAGUCGCAGUUUCGAAAUUGCCCUUCAAAUUUGAGCUGACUAGAGUGGAGUUUCAAUGAAUGUCAAUAGACGGCUGGAGUUGCAAACAAAUGGUCAUAUUGUGAAAACUAUCAGGACUAUCGCUUAGCUGUGGACAUUUGUAGUGGCAGCAGGGAUAGCUGAAUGUUUUGAUAUAAGAUUUGUGUAGGUGGGCUUGAAAAUGAGGGAGUGGUGGCAGUUUAGAAAUCAUGUCCUGAUUUUUCAGCUUUUGCCAGCUCCCGCUCUAGUUUUGAAAAUUAUGCCAUUCAUUCCUAUGUGACCAAUUUCGCCUCAAGAAAGACGAUAUUCCGUGAACCAUUCGGCGAAACGUUCCACAAAGUAAUAGCACACCAAUCGGGAACAAUCCUCACGUUUCGGUAUAUUACUAUCUAUGUAUUGUAAAAACUGUGGAAGGAGUUAGGGUGGUAAAUUUGACUAUAAUAAGAAUAAUAUAUAUGUGAGAUAACAUUAAGUGGUCUUGCUAUGCAAGAACACUUAAUAACUUAUAUGCGGUUGAUUACUCACAUAAGUGGUUUUAUCCAUAAUCAGAAUAUUGCAUGUAGAGGUGUCGGUAUUUCAUAAUAUAAAUAUAACAACCUAUUUUGGGUUUUCGAAUUAUAGCGCUUUCACUGAAUUUUAAUAUUAUCUUUAUAAUGCUUACAAUGACUAGUAAAGCCACAAGUGAACUUAACAUCAAAAAUGCCUGCUGUAUUUUUUUUUUUUUUUUUUUUAUCUCAUUCAGAAAUGAUUGUAAUUUAUUUCAGAUAUGAUUUGUCAGUUUACAACAAUAUAUAUUUUAAUGUAUUUAUAUUUUUGUAUGUUCUAGCUAAAGUUGGAGCUUUUUUGAUCUACAUCAGUUCAGAUUAUGUUUUUGAUGGAAGAAAUCCACCAUAUCGAGAAGAUGCUGUGCCAAAUCCUUUGAACCACUAUGGAAAAACAAAACUAGAAGGGGAGAAAGUAGUGUUGCAAAAUAAUGAAGGUUAGAUCAUGCAUGUCCAUUAUAUUUACUGCAGUUUCCAUAUAUUUGCGUAAACCUUUUACUUGUCAAGUUCAAUGUCAAGAUCUUGUUUUUUUUUUGUAUUGUUUUGUUCCUAGAUGCUGCUGUGCUUCGUGUUCCUGUGUUGUAUGGAGACGUUGAAAAACUUGAGGAAAGUGCUGUUACCAUACUGUUUGAUAAAGUCCAGUUUAGCAACAAAUCAGCCAAUAUGGACCAUUUGCAACAAAGGUUUCCUACAUAUGUCAAAGAUGUAGCAACGGUUUGUCUUCAGUUAACUGAGAAGAAACUUCAGGUAGUUAACUUCUGAUGACUUUCUGUGGCUACAAUUAAUUUUUAAAGUUAACUAUACAUGGGUAGCAUAUUUUUUUGGUAAAAGCAUCACAGCAGUAUUGUCAGUCUACUGUCUUUGUAAAACACAUUCAAGGCCGUUGCUAGUGUAUGUCAGUACAGCGGUACUACUCUACCCAAGUGUACCUAGUCUGGGUGUCACGGCUGUGAUUACACAUUAUUCACAUUAUUCUGGCUGCGCAGCUCCCUUUUGUGGCCUGUAGUGAUGCUACGGUGAUCUCAGCUACCCCCAUUGGAUACCAAGGAGAGAAUACACUCUAUUUCCCCUCGAGGUUGGGUGGUCAUAAACAAAAAUGUAGUAAAAACAAUGUAAAUUGGGGUUGGGGGAGUUGUGGCAACAGCACAAUGCAUCUUUGCCUGUCUAAGCAAAAAUUCUUGCACCAGCCCUGAAUGCAUUGCACUUACUGGGAAUACAUCUUGGUUCUGGUACAAGGUACAAUUCCUUUUAAAAUAUGCUUGAAAACGGUUAAACUUCUCAUGCAAAUUUUGUAGAUUUGCUUGUGCAAGUGUCUUAUGAAGUUAUAGCAUGGUCUGUAUAUUUAUUUUCUUCACACGAUCUUGAUAAUUUGUGAGAAAUGCACAGGCAGGGGGUGUCUUUCCACUGGGCUGCUCCAGGAGGGCAAGGCAAAAUCCCAAAUUAACACUGGAAAGUUCAGAAAAAGCCCAGACACGUACCGUAGCUUCCUCACAUAGGCUAUUUAGCGCGAGGCUGACAAGGCAUUUGCCUUGGGUGGCACUUUCAGGGGGUGGCAUAAAAAGCCACCCCGCAAACACCCAGGCAGAUGCAUUGUCAGCCUCUUGUCUAAGUUCUGGGGGGUGCAAAAGCUGGCCGACUGGCAUCUGCUGAUGAUGGAGGCGGGCGGCGAGGUUGCUGUAAUCUUCCUGCUUAGUGAUGCCAGAGCUGGUAUAUAACCUCACUAAGCAGCGAGGGAGGGAGCUGAGCAGGAGGAUUACAGCUCCCUCACCUCCCGCCUCUACUGUGUGCCUGCCUGCCCAUUCGCCCCCUGUUCCUGAAUGCCCUGCCAGCCGAGUUGCAGGCAGCCCUACUAGGGACCUCAGGGAAGAAUCCACUCCAGCUCUUCCAAAUGGAGGCUGGGGAGAUGGAAAUGUAAAAAAUAAAAUUGUGUGUGUUAGUUUGUAUGUAGGCAUGUUUGUCAGUGUGUGUGUGUGUAUGUGUGUCGGUGAAUUUGAGUGUCUGUCAGUGAAUGAGAGUGUGUGUAUAUCUGUGAAUGUAAAAAAAAGAGAGCAAGGAACACAACGUUCCAAGUCCCUGUAUAGCCGCCGCACCCACCACCUCAAAACCUCCCCAAAAGGGGGGGGGCAGUGGCUGCAGGGGUCACGCAGAGACCAACGUACCAGUAUGAGACUCCAGCUGUCUCAGAGGGGCUUAACCCCAGAUAUAAACACAAGAACAAAGAAAUAUGCAGACCGUCUUAAUUAUAUGAAUGAAACUUACUGCAUUGACUGGAAAAAAUAUAUCUAUGUCUAGCGCGAUGUUCCAAAUAUAGAACCUGGCUAUUAGAAAUAAUAUGGUCAGAGACCCUAAUUAAACAAAGUAUAUACAAGUGAACCUACAAUCCUAUGCCAGCCCAGGGUAGUAUAGAUCAAGAGGUAGUAAAAAAGAUAACCUCACUCCCCCUUAUAAUUAAGCUUUAUUGUGAUCUGCUAUAGGGAUAGGAGUAUACAGUAACUAAGUCUCUAUAAUCCAUGCAUCCUAGGAAGUAUCCUGGUCACACUAGAAACAUAUUAAGAAAAAACAGAGAGAGAUAAGGACUGAAAAUAGAAGUAAAAAAGUCAGUCAAAAACAGACUGAUAAUUAGCAUUAAUAAAGCCUAUCUCCCUGUAAAGCUAGCUAGAUAGGCAUAGGAAAGAAAAGAAGAAAACGAUAUAAAAUAAAGUUAAAUUAAAUGGUGAUCAUGGUGCUCCAAACACCAGUGCAGAAAAAAUGCCCAACGUACGUUUCGGUGCAGAAAGAUGUACCUUACGAAGGUGCAUCUUUCUGCACCGAAACGUACGUUGGGCAUUUUUUCUGCACUGGGGUGCAUCUUUCUGCACCGAAACGUACGUUGGGCAUUUUUUCUGCACUGGGCACUGGUGUUUGGAGCACCAUGAUCACCAUUUAAUUUAACUUUAUUUUAUAUCGUUUUCUUCUUUUCUUUCCUAUGCCUAUCUAGCUAGCUUUACAGGGAGAGAGGCUUUAUUAAUGCUAAUUAUCAGUCUGUUUUGACUGAUUUUUUUACUUCUAUUUUCAGUCCUUAUCUCUCUCUGUUUUUCUUAAUAUGUUUCUAGUGUGACCAGGAUACUUCCUAGGAUGCAUGGAUUAUAGAGACUUAGUUACUGUAUACUCCUAUCCCUAUAGCAGAUCACAAUAAAGCUUAAUUAUAAGGGGGAGUGAGGUUAUCUUUUUUACUACCUCUUGAUCUAUACUACCCUGGGCUGGCAUAGGAUUGUAGGUUCACUUGUAUAUACUUUGUUUAAUUAGGGUCUCUGACCAUAUUAUUUCUAAUAGCCAGGUUCUAUAUUUGGAACAUCGCGCUAGACAUAGAUAUAUUUUUUCCAGUCAAUGCAGUAAGUUUCAUUCAUAUAAUUGAGACGGUCUGCAUAUUUCUUUAUAUCUGUGAAUGUGUAUGUUUCAGUGAAAGUGUGUUAGUUAAACAGUGUGUGUGACAAUGACUUUGUAUAUGUCAGUGUAUGUUUCAGUGAGGGCAUGUGUCUGUCAGGCAAAGAGCAUGUUGGUUUUAAACAGGCAUAGAAAUUUUAGAAUGGGGGAAGGCGGAUGGGUGUGCCCAAGUUUUGUCAUGCCUAGGACAGCACAAAACGAGAAUACACCACUUCAUAUAGGCAGACUUUAUUCAGGAAAAGUGUGCAGCACGUUUCAUCCUUUAAAGGGGCCUUUGUCAAGCACAUUUUUGAAUAUAUAUUGUCUAAGCAAUUUUGAAAUACAACAUACAUAAAAACAAAACAAAAAAAACCAACCUGUUUACAUGCUGGAGUUCAAAUAAGCAAAAUUAAAGAUGAAAUUAUUUAUGUAUACCAAAUACAACCCUCUAAAUGUGUAUUGCACUGGCAAUCUGCCUCUUUGUUCUAGCUUCGGCUUGAAAUCGGUUAUUUAUUUAAUUUUAUGUGAUGUUCUGCAGUGUCUUGGUACUAAACAAGAUACUCCUUUCAUGAGCUAACAUACGGCUGCCUAGGUGCAUGCAAACUGACAAGAUGGUGGUCUAAGCUACAGAAAGUGGAAUGUCGUACAAGGUUCAUACAGCACAUGUAAGCUGUGACCUCAUUUGACAUGGUUGUAUUACAAAAGCCACUGAAAAAACCCCACAGAAAAGCGUUCUGUGUCAAACUCUUCACAGUACCAUUGUUUCCUUUAUAUUACUUGUGAAAGCUGGCUUUGUUUUGAAUAAAUAUAGGUUUGUAGAGUCUGGUCAGUUUAUGGGAAUUCUUUAUUCCUGGAGCCAAUACAAUGCCGUGCACAUUUAAACUAUUUAUGUAUUGAACUUUUUUGUUUUGAUACUUUAUUCGAAAAGUAAAAAAAAAAAAUAUAUAUAUAUAUAUAUAAUUUUUUUUUUUAUUUUUUUUUUAAGUAAUUUUUUUUUGGGUAAAAUAUGUUCAAAAAAAUAAAACCACUAAAAUAUUCAUUUGCAUAAAUGGUCAACCCCUCUCCUCUGGAAACUUCAAGUGUACAUAGCUAAAAAAAAAAGUCUUAGUGGCAUUGCAGUUAUCUACCUGUGAGAUGUUUAAAGUAGGAAGCAUUUUUAUUUAAAGCAGCUCUGUCACCUUUCGAUGGUGACUUCCUGCUUGGUGACUGGUAGCCUCGGGGUGCUGAGGAACGUGAGUUUUGCUUACCUGAACCUGUCCCUCGCAUUAGCAUCCGAUGGGUCCUAUUCAGCUUGGUGCUUCAUCUGCCAGCAUGCUAGACAGUACACUACGCAGGUCUAUGGAGGAUUCUGAAAGACUGCAGACCCUUCAUAGAUAUUGUCUCGUAAUGAGGAAAACAAUACCUUAUUCUCCCAGCCGUUGCUAGUGGGGAAGUGACAAAAAACUGACAAAUGUAGCUGUGCCUUUUGUCAAGUGGAGGAAAAAUACACAAGUCAAAGUAGUCACAACUUUACUUUAUGAAUUUUGAAGAAAUAGAUUUAAAAAAAUAAAAUAAAAUGGAGUAAGGAAUAGAAGAGGAACAGAGUAAAGUAUAGAUUGACAUAGCUGCUUAAAGUAUAAAUCCCAGUCUGGAUAAGAAUCAUUGGCCUGGUGCAGAUCUGAAGGAAAUCUUUUCCUAUUAUGAAAGAGCAUUUUUAGGUAGUAAAAGGUUGAGAACUUGGACUACAUCAGUCAGGAAAAUGGUGUAAACUGAUAUCAAAGUGUUUAGAUAUUAAUUAUCUGGAAGUAGACCAAGAACCUGCACCAAACAAUGAAGAUUUUGAGAUAAGCCAGUAAGAGGCAAGCUGUUGCUUUAAAGGCGUUGCAGCACUAAAAUGUACACAAGCUAAAAAGGGCUUGUCAAAUUUACCUGUGUGGGAAGGUAGCAAGAAAAAACUUAGUUUGGCUCUGAUAUGUACUCUUACAAUAGAUGAAUUUGAAAUACAAUUAUUGUCUGUGCAUUUGUGUCAAGUACCAUUUGGGCAGAUAUAUAUAUUAUAAAAUUUGCAGGCAGCCUGAAUACCUUUGCAAGGAACUGUAUAUUUGGAUCUGUGUCUGCAAUAGAAUUGGUUUGGGAGUAGCAGGCACCCUGUUUUCCUGAGGCACUCUGCCUUUGGCAUUAGUACAAAAAUGCUUCCAGUCUCCCUGUGUGAAAGUAAAGGUCACAUAAUUGAUAAGAGUGAAACUAGACUAUUCAUAACAAAUAGCAAAACCCUUUUCCUUAUGUUGUCAAUAGAAUAUUUUACAUGCUAAGUAUGUUUUCAGAGCUGACAGAAGGGUGAUAAAACUUGCUAUAACACAACUUAUUACAUACUAGUUUUAUAUUUUCUUUUUUUUUUCUUCUCUGAAAGCAGAGUUUAGGAAUAAAGUUAAUGUUAAGGUGUAUUCUUUCUUUAACAAUUGAAUUUCUGCUAAAAAUAAAACUGAAUUAAGUGGUUCUCUCUAAUACAUCGCUUUUUCAUAGACUUUUUACAGAUGUUUCCAAAAUAGUUUAUCUCUCUGUGAGGGCACUUUUGGAGGGAGCAAGUCAUUCCACUGAAAUCAUUAAUAUGAGAUUUAAAAUGGGGUUUCUGAGAACCGUGAGGAGAAUAAUAAUAAACAAAAAAAAUAGAACAAAUGCUGUGAAAACAGUAAACACCUGUAUGCUACAAUUUAGUUCCAUUUAAAGGUUGUACUUAAGGUAAUUUUUAAUCAGUAUUGUAAUUAUGUAUUUUUGUUUUGUCUAAGAAUCCAUCCCUCAAGGGAAUCUUUCAUUGGUCCGGAAAUGAACAAAUGACUAAAUAUGAGAUAGCGUGUGCUAUGGCUGAUGCCUUCAACCUUCCCAGCAGCCAUCUGAGACCAGUAAGUGAACUCAUAUAACAAGAAAAUGGAGCAUUGUUUGUCUUACAGCAUUAUAAAUGAACAGUUGAUUGAUUUGAAAGGUUAAAAAUCUGUUUGGGCAAUAUGUUGUUCUGGAAGAAAUUACUUUUUAAUUGUAUUUCUACUUCCCUCCAGCAUAUCACACAUGAUUUAUUACUCUUCUGGUCUAGAAAUAGAAAAUGUUGUUCGUUAUUUUUUUUUUGUUUGUUUGUUUUUUUGAUUUAAUAUAAGGAGCUGUGCUUCCAAUAUCGCUAGCUCGACAUUAUUCUAGAUCGUUCGUUCAGUUCUUCAGUACAAUAAAAAACUGCUUAAAAGACUGCUUAAAAUGUUUUAUCAUAAAUCUAGGUAGUGAAAAGGGGAGUGGAUAACCAUGUAUUGGGGUGAUAGGAGUACCAUAUUUUUCUCUGUUGUAUUGGUAUUUGUCCUUUUAACAAGUUUUUUUUAUAUAUAUUCUUUAUUAAGGUUUGAUAUGUAUAUACAUUUUUUACAUUGUUACAUUAAAUAUUUUAACAGCAGUCAUACUCCAUACAUCAUUCAUUCUGGCGUGAGGAAAAAGGGUGGUGGAUCAGGGAUUAACACUUAAAUUCCUGUUAGUCAUAUAGUUCACAAUUUACUGGUCUUGGUUAAGUUUCUAGUUCUUAUUAAGUUCAAAAAAGGCUUUAUUCAAACAUAAACAUUUCAGGGUUUGCCCUGAUCAAUGUACAACAGCAUGAAUCUAUAGAUUGAACAAGCAAACAAGAUAUAACGGACGCGCAGGUCCCAUCGUAGAAUGUGUGAACAUCACUCGAACAAUGUUACGUAUUAUACAUAUAUGGUAUUUGAUCGUGGUUAACACGUUCGGGUAUUCAUAUGGGUGACCGGUUUGCAGCUCGAGUAGAGGAAUACUCGUAUGUUUGUACUUUGUGUCUGCCUUUUGUGUUCCUUUAAUAUUUCCUUAUCACCCCUGGGCCUCGUUCUCUUUGGGAUGGUAAAGGCUAUUGGUCCGGCGUUAUUGGUCAGUUGCCGUUCAUGAGUGUGCCUUAUUCGUGUUGUGUGAUCUCAUUGUAGAGGUGUUUGCUUCCAUUUUGAUAUGUGAGUGUGAGUGAGUGACACAGCUGUUAGCAAUCUCGGGUUGAGGAGGGCUGCGUCUGUUAUUCAAUUAGUAUAGAAAACAUUGUUGGAGAAUUUAGAAAGAAGAUGAGUGAAAAAUGAGUGAGAAGUAAGAGAAAGAGAGAGGGGGGAUGGGGAGGAGGAAGCAGGUUGGAGGAGGGAUGGGCAGGGAGGUGUGAAGAGGCGGGGGGUCCCAUCGCCCGUGCCCAUGGUGUUGCACGUAUCGUACCAGAUGUCAGUCCCCAUCCGUGGGGGGGGACGGGGUUCCCUGGGGCUGCGGACGGCUAUUCCUAUCUGUGCUUCGGUCCGCUAUGUAGAGUAGCCAUGGGCGCCACCUCUCCACAUGCUUGUCCUCGAGGCCUAGAAGUGUGGCCUGCAUUGAUUCCGCUCUAUAUAUUUCUUCCACCCGCUCCAUCCAUUGCCUUAUCGUCGGGAUAUUCGUUUGUUUCCAGUAUAGUGGAAUCCGUGCCUUGGCCGCAUUAAUUAGGUGUCUAUGAAUGUUUUUCCUAAAUGCUCCUAUGGGGUCUGGUGUGGAGUGCAGGAGGACCACCUCUGCGUUGAGGUUUUCUUCCGUCCCUGUGAUUUCCCCUAUUUUCUGUAGAACUUCGUCCCAGUAUGGCUUAAUGAGUGAGCAUUCCCACGUUCAUCCCCACAUCUCCAGCAUGUGUCAGGUAUAUUCAGGAAGAUCCUGUGUAGACUGUCAGGCGUUCUGUACCAGAAUGAAAGGAGUUUAUAGUUUGUUUCUUGAUAUUGGGAGCUCGAUGAGCAUUUAUGGUGUAAUAUGAGGAUCUUAUCCCAUUGGGACGUGGUGAAGGAUGUAUUCAGCAUGCGUUCCCAGCGCCUGCGGAAUUGGUCGUUGUUAGUGAGGUGCCCCACUAGCAUGUGCUGAUACAAUAGGGAUAUUGCCUUAUCUAGGGUAGUCUUGCGGUCGCAGAGCGUUUUGAACCAGGUUAAGUCCCUAUGUAGCUUUUCCUUGUCCAGAAGUGUGCGAUAGUAUGAUCUGAGUUGUACAUAGCGGAAGGUUUGUAGGCUGGUGGGUUGGUUGCCUUCCAGUAGGUCCCUCAGGGGGGUCAUGUCUGUGUUGGUUAACACCUUAUGUAUGGGGAAUGAUUCCCCCUCUCCCAGGAAGGACCAUGCCGCCUGCGGUAGCCCUCCUCCUAUCUCAGGAUUGUACUGUAUCUGGGUCAUCGGGCUUGGUGUUUGAGAAACGUGAGGAGCUCUUCUGAUAGUAUCCCACGCUUUCAGUGUCUGCACAAUGGUAGAGAUUGGUUCCAAAAUCAUCCGUGGCAUCCUCUUCGUAUUCCACACUGAUGUCAGAAAGGAGGGGCCUAUAUGUUGUUUGUCCAAUUCGAUCCAUUGUUUAUGCUCCGGUUGAGUAUGCCACUCCAGUACGCGUUGUAGUACUGUCGCAUGGUGGUAUUUGCGGAGGUCGGGGAGCGCCAGUCCCCUCCACGCUCAAGGUAAGCAGAGGACGUCCUGUCGGAGUCUUGCCUGUUUCCCACUCCAAACGAACUUCACCAUCGUGGAACGGAGUGACGCGAAAUAUGCCGUCGGUAGGGCUUGCGGAAUCGUCUGAUAUAAAUAUAAUAGCCGUGGUAGGAUAUUCAUCUUGAGAAUUGCGAGUUUCUAGUUCUUAUUAAUAUAGGAAGAUACAGGUAGAAAACGGAUCAGCGCUGUGUGAUGUGAUCAAGGGGAAAGCUGCAGCCUAUAGGUAUGAGGUUCCCUCUGAAGUCCUCAAAAGAGAAAUGACAAAAACAAGAAUAAUAGGUUGCGCUACAUAAAUAUCAAAUGAAAAAGGGAUAAAUAUGGCAAACACUUUAAAACAUAAAAGAGGAAAAAUAUGUAAAAAGAAAAGGGGAUUUAAUAAAUAUAUAUAACAAAUAUAUAUAUAAAAAAAGAUAGUCCAAAUUCUUGAUAUACUUUAAAAAGUUCAAAUAAGUGGAUGAUAGUGACAGUACUUGGUAUAUUUUUCUUUCAGGUUCCGGUAAGUAUUUGGGAGUAGAAAGUCCAAUAAGAGACUGAAUCUUCUAAUCUUUAGAGGAGUCUUGAUUCAGAGGUGAACAUGGAAAAUAUAAGCAACAAAGAUGAUCCAAUAGUGUAGACUUUCUGUGAUAAAUAAUAAUAAUAGGUAGGUAGUACACUCACCUAUCUUAGAGCAUGAACUUGCUCUAGUAUGUUGGGCGUUCAGUGGCGUUUAUCCCCCACUGGUAGGAUAUAGGUGAAGGUAAUUCCUCGGUAAUAAAAAGGAGAUAAAAGCAGAAUAUAGUGCUCACUGAAUCAAAAUGAAAUAAAAUGAAAUAAGGGAAUAAAAAUACUCACAUUCGAAUGAGCAGGAUAAACUGCUCAGUAUAUCCGCAUAGGUGGUACAAUCCCCACCAAGGAUUCUUGGUCGUGAGUAGAUUCCAAGUUGGUGAAUGACCAGGUGACAGGAAAUAUUUUUAAAAAAAUAUUUUUUUUUUAAAAUAAGAUAAAAAGGUAUAUGGCAAAAUUGUUGUAAAAGAGCCACUAUUCCUUUAUUAGUACAAUAAAAAAUAUAUAAAAUAGCCAAAACGCGUUUCGCCACACAGGGCUUUAUCAACUGGCAAUAAUAAAAAUCAGCCUGAUACAUAGAUACUUUUAUAAACUAUGAUAAAACAUGCUUAUUCAAAUUUUGGCGCCAAAAUGACGUCACCUAUAUCCUACCAGUGGGGGAUAAACGCCACUGAACGCCCAACAUACUAGAGCAAGUUCAUGCUCUAAGAUAGGUGAGUGUACUACCUACCUAUUAUUAUUUAUCACAGACAGUCUACACUAUUGGAUCGUCUUUGUUGCUUAUAUUUUCCAUGUUCACCUCUGAAUCAAGACUCCUCUAAAGAUUAGAAGAUUCAGUCUCUUAUUGGACUUUCUACUCCCAAAUACUUACCGGAACCUGAAAGAAAAAUGUACCAAGUACUGUCACUAUCAUCCACUUAUUUGAACUUUUUAAAGUAUAUCAAGAAUUUGGACUAUCUUUUUUUAUAUAUAUAUUUGUUAUAUAUAUUUAUUAAAUCCCCUUUUCUUUUUACAUAUUUUUCCUCUUUUAUGUUUUAAAGUGUUUGCCAUAUUUAUCCCUUUUUCAUUUGAUAUUUAUGUAGCGCAACCUAUUAUUCUUGUUUUUUUUAAUAUAGGAAGAUGUUUGCCAUUCAUCCCGUAUUUUUUUUUUUAAAUAAGAUUGAUGGGUUACUGGGGUUACUGUUUGAUGAACAACCAUUCUCCAUUGCACACUGGUAAUUUAUUUGGUUUGUUAUUUCAUACCAACCGUGCUGCCCUUGCUUUUUCCAGUUUCUCACUAUGCAUAUUUUUACUGCCAGCAUAAUAUGGAUCUGUAACAGAUCACCUGGCACCCCGACUGGGUACCUCCGUUGAAGGAUGCUCCUAGCGCUUCCUGAGGACUCCAAGCACUGCAGCCGACACCAUAAGCACCGUAGACUCCUUUGGAGAGCAAAACAGGAACAAGCUCUUACAAGAGCUUAGUAGUGAUAUAGCAAGGGAGUAUGACUAGCAUAGCAAUCCCUUGUAGCAGAUUCCCCCAAUAAGAGACGGCACUCCAAAUUGAGGGUGAAGUAGAACUGUCUAAAACUUUAUUUUACUUGGGACUAGCCCAUAUGGUCAUUACAUUAACAUUGCUGUGAAAACUCAAUAAUAUUACAAACAGUCAAAUCCUAGCGGGCAACAUACAGUGACUUAUUAUAACAUAAUUACAUAUUUAUAAAUGGGUGGGGAAGACCAUAAUUAACACAAAAUGUCUCUCCUGCAUAUAGAAUUUGCGAUAUGCAAAUCUACCCGAAUAUGCAAAUUACCAGUCUUGCUAUUCAGGUAGUGCAUAUUACGGUUGCUACCAACAGAGGGCACUACACAAGCCCCAUAGCCAAAUCCACCUAGUUGGUAGCAAUCCUCAGCAGUAUAGGAGAGCGGGCAAUACAUCCCAGGGGCCAUAGUCACAUGGCAGGAGGCUGGCAAUCAGUCUUCUCCAAUGCCCAGUGGCGAGGCUGGUUCCGCCACAGGAUCGUUAAAGGAAUACUCGUUUUCCUGGCACGAUAGGGUCUCUAGGUCCCCCCACCCUCAUGGCCCCUCUCCCGCUGGUCUCUAUGGGGAGGAGGGAGUUAAAUCUUACCUGUUUCCCCCCCGCCGGGCUCCCUUGGCACAGGGAACUCUCCUCCUUUUCGCCGUCAUCGGCUGAAUGUGCAUGCGCGGCAAGAGCCACGCGCGGAUUCAUCCAGUCCAUAGGAAAGCAUUCUCAAUGCUUUCCUAUGGACGCUGGCGUCUUCUCACUGUGAAAAUCACAGUCGGAAGCACCUCUAGCGGCUGUCAAUGAGACAGCCACUAGAGGCUGGAUUAACCCAUAGGUAAACAUAGCAGUUUCUCUGAAACUGCUAUGUUUACAGCAGAAAGGAUUAAUCCUAGAUGGACCUGGCACCCAGACCACUUCAUUAACUGAAGUGGUCUGGGUGCCUAUAGUGGUCCUUUAAGUUAAUUUGGGGAAAGUCCAAAUGGAGAAGAAGCUGUGGAGUCAAAAAAAUCUCUUUCCCCAAGAUUUCAAAGAGAAGUCUUUAGGUUACUUUUCAAGGUAUCUAACCCGGAACACUCCCACCAAAUAUGGAUCAUUAUUGCAUCUCCAGCAUUGGUCAGAAUGGUCACUAUAUAUUUUAUGUAAUUUUGUUGGAACCAUGUACCACCUAUAUUAAACUUUAAAAUACAACGCAAUCAAACUUACUCAGUGUGUACUCUGUUUGACCCAUUUGAUACUUUUACAAGUCUGUUUCUCAAAGUUUUUUUUUUGUUUUUUUUCAAAUCUAGUUCCCAUUUCAGUAUUGGAGACUCUUUUUUUAACAAAGAUACUAAGAAAUUUAAGUGAGCGGGAUAUUCUUUUGAGGAUUAUGGUUCUCUAAGAAAUCAGUGGUGUUAUUUUGAUGUAAAAUUUGUUUAGUAGAUAGGUAAUUUGUUUUACUCUCAAGUAUGUAAACACUUCACCUGAAGUGAGAGAAUAAGUAGGCUGGAAAGCAAUUAAGCUACCAUAAGAAUAGAUAUUCGAAAACUAACUAAUCCCACAUCUUCUCCAGCUACUCAGAUACAGAUCUCUUGCAUUAAUUUCCAGUAAUUCUAAUGGAGAAGAUAGCGUAAUUCCAUUUAUUUGGUUGUUUUUUCCUUGUGUUUUUAACCAUAAUCACAGUCGCCUUUAUUAGGAUUUUUUGUAAUUUUAUCUAAUGGGCAUCUUUUAUCUAUCCAAAACAAUCAUAAAGAAAAUCAGCUUUGAACUCCUGAAUUUCGAUUCCUUUCCAUAAAUUGGUGGUGGUAUUUUUAUCCCAGGCUAAAUAAUGAGAUCACAUACAGGCUUCAUGUAACACAUAUUACAUCUCGAAAUCCCAAGCCUCCAUUUCUCCCUGAUUUCUUUAUAUAAAAAAAAAAUUAAAAAAUUCUGGAUUUCUUGUUUGCCCAUAUAAACUUUUAGAUAGCAACUUGAAAACCGUUCAAGGUUUUGUAACUGACUGAGUGGGAUCAUUCUAAAUAGAUCCAUUAUAUUUUGAAGCAAAUAGGCUUCAGUUGAUUCUAUUCUACCCAACCAAUAUAGUUCGACCCUACUCCAUCUGAACUAUGUUCUAAAGUCUUCUGAGUGCCUUAGAUAGUUACAUAGUUACAUAUCUGAAAAGAGACUUGCGUCCAUCAAGUUCAGCCUUCCUCGCAUAUGUUGUUGCUGUUGAUCCAAAAGAAGGCAAAAAACCUGGUCUGAAGCGCUUCCAAUUUUGCCACAAACUAGGAAAAAAUUCCUUCUUGACCCCAAAAUAGCAGUCAGAUGUCUCCUUGGAUCAAGCAGCUAUUACCCCACUAAUUAGAAAUUAUAUCCCUGUAUGUUAUGUUUUUAAGUAUUUAUCCAAUUUCAGUUUAAACAUCUGUAUGGACUCUGACAAAACCACCUCUUCAGGCAGAGAAUUCCAUAUCCUUAUUGUUCUUACUGUAAAAAAACUUUUCUUUGCCUUAGAUGAAAUCUCCUUUCUUCCAGCCUAAAUGUGUGACCUUGUGUCCUAUGUAUAACCCUGUUUAUGAAUAGAUUUCCAGAUAAAGGUUUGUACUGGCCCCGAAUAUAUUUGUAUAAAGUUAUCAUAUCCCCUCUCAGGCGCCGUUUUUCCAAACUAAACAGAUUAAAUUUUUUUAACCUUUAUUUAAUCUUCAUAACUAAAAUUCUCCAUUCCUUUUAUCAAUUUUGUAGCUCGUCUCUGGACCCUCUGUGCCAUGAUAUCCUUCUUUAGAACAGGCGCCCAAAAUUUAUAAAGAGGCAAAAUUAUAUUUUCAUCCCGAGAAUUUAUGCCCCUAUUUAUACAUGACAAAAUCUUACUGGCCUUAACAACUGCAGAUUGACAUUGCAUAUUGCUGCCUAAUUUGUUGUCUAUAACCAUUCACAAAUCCUUUUCGUGUGUGGUUAUCCCUAAUUCACUACCAUUUAGUGUGUAAGUUGCUUGUGCAUUCUUAACCCCAAAGUGCAUAACUUUGCAUUUCUCUAUGUUAAAUUUCAUCUGCCAUUUUAGUGCCCAGUUCCCCAAUCUAUCCAAAUCUCUCUGCAGCAAAGCAAUAUCCUGCUCACAUUUUAUUACUUUACAAAGUUUUGUGUCAUCUGCAAACACUGAUACAUGGCUUUCAAUGCCUCUUUCAAGAUCAUUUAUAAAUAUGUUAAAUAGAAGUGGUCCCAAAACAGAACCCUGAGGGACACCACUUACCACUUUUGUCCAGCCUGAAAAUUUACCAUUAAUUACAACUCGUUGUACUCUAUCCUUAAGCCAAUGUUUUACUCAAGAACAAGAAUAUUCAUCUAGACCAAUUUCUUUUAGUUUGAAGACUAACCUAUUGUGAGGAACCGUAUCAAAUGCCUUGGCAAAAUCCAAGUAGAUUACAUCCACUGCAACACCCCGAUCUAUACUUCUACUUACUUCUUCGUUGAAUGUAAUUAGGUUAGUUUGACAUGACCUAUGUUUCAUAAAACCAUGCUGAUUAUUGCUUAUAACAAAGUUCUUCCCAAUGAAUUCCUGAAUAUUAUCCCUUAAUAGCCCUUCAGAUAUUUUCCCAGUUACAGAGGUUAAGCUCACAGGUCUAUAAUUUCCAGGCAAGGAUUUUGAACCCUUUCUAAAUAUAGGAACAACAUCUGCCUUCCUCCAAUCCUCCGGUACAACACCUGAAACAAAAGAAUCUUGAAAAAUUAAAUACAGAGGUUUACUUAUUUCCCCACUUAGCUUCUUAAGUACUCGUGGGUGAAUACCGUCAGGCCCCAGAGCUUUAUUUACAUUAAUUUUCUUUAAUAGCUGUAGCACCUUGUCUUGAGUUAUCCAAUCACAAGUUUUUUUGCAGCAAUCAUUUGCAUAUCUCUUGCCAUAGGAUCCUCAUUAAUAUAUACUGAAGAAAAAUCGUUAUUUAAAAUUUCUGCUUUUUCCUGGUUUUAAUUAGCUAAUAAACCCAACUCUGUUUCAAGUGUAUCCAGCAUGUUGUAGAAAGGGUCAGAGUCACAGAGGACGACAUUAACAGUAUCCAAGAUAUAAUGGGGCACAUAUAGGCCUCCAAACAUAUUCACCUGAACUAGCCUGACUCACACAUACUUGUGCUCAUACACGCACCGUAACCCCAAGAUAGAACUAACGAGCACUCUCACACCCAUACACUUGGAGUAUCCCAGGGAAUAACACAAGAACUAUCACACUUGCCACAACCACACCUUCUCCGGGGUUUGUAAUCAUACCUGUCUGUUAUGAAUAAUAGUGCUGACAACCUUCAAGUUCAUGCUUUCUUAUGCUGACUGUCAAGUUAUAUGCAAAACAAAAUGUUAUAUUAUUGUACCACUAGGUUUGAAGCACGAAAAAUAAUUUAAAAAAUUAUAUAUAUAUAUAUUAUUAAUAUUCAUGUUUCUGAUAAUUUCCCCCCUCCCCUCCCCCCCGAUUUAAACACUUUUUGCUCGCUUUUCAUCAAUUGCAGAGCAGGUUCCCUGCUGCAGUCCCUCCUCUUCUGAGAUUUUAGGCACUUGAUGAUGGCUUGCAUUUCUUUUUGCCAAAUACUAUACUCUCAGGAACCCAUUUUUGUCAUUUCUAGACCAGUUAUAGCGCCCGUCAUGAAAUGUUGGAGUUAUAUUAAUAAAAACACACGGGAAUUACUGAACACUUGCAAUGGCCCUGUUUAUGCUUAGGGUAUGGCAUAUUGUUGGACCAGCUAUGUACAGAAUCAUUCAGAAGUGCCUCCUAUUAAAGGUUAUAAAUUUAAAAAAAAACUUGGUUCAUAAAUCCAUUCAAAAUGUGCUUUUUAAAGUUAGUUAUAAAAUUAUUUAAAAUCAUUUUUAUUCAUUAAAGAUCAAUGUAAUAGAGAAUUUGUGUCUUGUGUCCAUUUAUUGUAAAGUUAUGCAUAAAUAGCUGUAUUGAUUUUUAUCAUUAUUUCAGAUUACAGAUGAACCUGUGGGAGAAACUCCUCGACCACGCAACCCACAACUCAACUGCUCCAAGUUGGAACAACUUGGCAUCGGACAGCGCACACCAUUUAGGGUUGGCAUCAGGGAGUCUCUUUGGCCAUUUUUAGUGGACAAGCAAUGGCGGCAAACAGUCUUCCAUUAGAUAUAUAUUGUUUCUUCAAGUGAAAGAUUUCUACUAUUUUUUUUUUCCUUUUCCUAAAGAAAAUUUAGUUUUAUAUGUGUAUCCAAAACCAGUGCAGAGUUGCUAAUGGUUACAUAUUGGAAAUUUAAAUGUCGGAUAAUGUUGUAUUAUGUCAAAACUCUGCUAGUCAUUAUUUUGUUUUAGUUUAUGCAUACAAACACAGCCAGUUCAGAAAAGGUGUUUUUUUUUAUUUUUUUUUAUUUUUUUUAAACCCAGUUUUGAAAAUGUCACUGGUAAUUCCUUUGUCACUUAAAGCUAUACAAAACUUUAGCUGCACUGUAUACUAAAAUGGUACUUUAUUUCUGAAGGCAGUAUAAGAAAUUAGAUGCUGUUAAGAUCCACAUAUAUCAAUUAGUGUCACGUUAACAUGAUUUGUCUUUAACACAUAUGUUGUAUGCCUAUGUUAAAGGGAUAGUAAAGUCUGGGUUUUAGUUUUUAAAAACUAUAGACAACUCUUUAAACUUGCAGAUUUUUGAGGCUGUCACUAUUUCAUAAAGGGAGAACUGUCAACUGUUCUCUGUUUGCAUGCUUUCACAAUUAAGGAAAACAGAUUGCUCUACAAAUCUCGUGAACAUUUAGAACUCACAGACUUGUGCUAAUUUUCAGAUUUUGCUCAAAUUAAGUUAACUUUUAAAAGGUAAAAGUAAGUACACAUUGGUAUUAAUAUAGUCAUUGAACAGGCUUUGCUAUCCUUUUAAAGUGUUUCACUUUAUAUGGAUGCAAUCUUUUAGGCCAAAACAAAACAAAAACACAAAACUGUUAGUAAUUCCAUAUUUUGAAAAGUAAAUUGAGAUGGCACUGCAUGCAUAUAUGAUAUGAUAAUUUUUUCCUAUUUUUUUUUUUUUUUUCUCUUCUUGAACAAGAUAUAUAGUUU